GCGACGCUUCCCCGCCGCCAUCUUAGUUGUUCCUUGCGCGAAAAGAAGACGAGGAAAGGAAAGGAAGGGGCGGGAAAAGGGGGGGUGGAAAUAAGAAAGAAAGGAGAGAGGCAUUAGCUGAGGCCGCGUCUGCAUAAGCAUUCCGGGGUCAGAGUCAGGGCCGGGGAGGCUGCCUGGCCGCCUGCCGUUGCCCCUUUCCUUGGCUCGGGCCUCUCUCUCGGCGUCCCCUCAGGCCCGGGGCCCUCGCCGCCAAGCCCUCGUCACCGCUGCCUGAGGAGGCGGGGCUCGGGCCGGCUCUGGAUGGUGGCGAGAAUGAUCAUAGAAAACUUCGAGGCGCUGAAAUCGUGGCUCAGCAAGACCUUGGCCCCCAUGUGAGUAGUAGGGAGCGUGGGGAACGUCUGAACGCGCGCGCACACGUGUAUUCAGGGCGCCUUCAUUCUGCAUAUGCGUGUGCGGAGGUGCAUAAAUGCGCACCCGCCCGCGUGGAGCCUCUGCAAGCGGGGGUUACAAAAAUGGACCCAUAGUGUCACUGGGGUGGGGGUGGGGGUGUCUGGUGUGCAGAAACCUGACGACUUCUUCCUCCCUUGCAUCCAGUUCAGUGGUUCCCAAUCGCGACGCGUGACUACGUUGCAAGGUUUGGCUGGGGAUGUUGAAAAGCGGGGUCGCCUAGCCCUAACACACCCCUGUCCCGUCCCCCCCUAACCAUGAACACCUUAUGCCAUUCAGUGUCUGAACAGCUUCGAGACGUGAAGCUCUGUUACUGUACCUCAGAAGCAAACUGGAAUGCCAGUGUUAGAAACCGAGAUGGGAAAGCUAGGAGCCCUGUGGCACCUUAAACCUAGGUUAUGGGCUCCACGGUGUGCUUUUUUUUAUGUUGAUUUUGCACAUGGUCUGGUCCUCCCUAAUACAGUGGUACCUCGGGUUACAUACGCUUCAGGUUACAGACGCCACUAAACCAGAAACAGUACCUUGGGUUAAGAACUUUGCUUCAGAAUGAGAACAGAAAUCACGUGGCGGCAGCAGGAGGCCCCAUUAGCUAAAGUGAUGCUUCAGGUUAAGAACAGUUUCAGAUUAAGAACGGACCUCCAGAAUGAAUUAAGUGUUUAACCCGAGGUACCACUGUACUCUUAAGAGGGCCUCUUCUGCAGUCUUCGGAGAGCAGCUGGAAGUGGGGAGGCAGAAAAAGGUCCUCCUUUCCUUCCACUCUGCAUUUUUAAGCAGAAAUCUCAGGUGUUGUACUCCGCCCAGAGCUCAGAAACGGCUCACGCUAAUAAUUUCCCUGUCACAGAACACGCCUCGAAUAAUGGGAGUUUCGAACGCUGGGUGUAGGCAAUUUAAAAGUAGCACACGUCUUCUGUUCAAAGCUAUUGCAGUGCACUACCCAAACAGAAAGUGACAGCCUUAAAGGCUGUUUGUGGUUAGCAAGAAAACCAUCAUCACCUUAUGAUUAUUGAAUCAUAAAAAGUUUCAAACACUGUUCCCAAUUAGGGGUCCAGGGACCCCUGGGGGUCCACAGAACCUAUCCCGGGGGUCUGCAACUCCAUCCCUUGCUUCUCCCUUAAAUAAAUUUCUGCAUGGUAAUAUCACAAAUUUUAUCGUCUGUUUUUUUAGCGUACCUAAAAUCGUUUGCUUAUUAGGGGCUGCUCCACAUUUUGUUUAAAAAAUUGCCUUGCAGAGGUAGCUACCAUAGAGUUAACAAAAUUUCCCAUGGCUUGGAUUUUGAAAAAUAGGGGGUCUUCAGUAAUUAGCUGAUUGGGAACCACUGAUCUAGUUCACUCUGCUAAGGUGUGUUUCUUUUUUGUCUUUGGCGGGGUCGAGGAGGGGGGAACAUUGUGUAUGGAGGUGCUUUCAGCUCACGACAGCCCCCAUACCUGCAGCCUGUAGUGGUACAACUCAAAACAAAAGUUGGAAAUUAGCCCCCAUAGGUAUUGCUGCCUCAAAGUUUGUGGAAGGGCACUGCUGCGCAAGAGGAUGGGUGACUUGACCUUCCCUUGCUGUAUUUGUUGUGAAAGUUUGCUGUGCUUAACUGAUCUGCACCUGUGGGUUAUGUAUGCAUACACCUUGAUCUGGUACACCUGACUCUUACAUAUGUAUGUUUCAGACUUUAUAGUGUGAAUAACUGAUGCUGUAUAGAAUUAUACCGCCAUCAUAUUGGAUGAUGUACAGUUUCCUUAUGAGAAAGCACACUUAAUUUACAAAUGCUUUAUGCACUUCUGUAAUAAAGUCGUAUGCUUCACAGUUCCUUGUGAGCAAGGAAUUAAAGGGUAAAAGUUCAGUUGCAAGAAAUUUUCGAAAUGUCAACUGUCGUUCUUGCCUGUUUGAGACUCUUGCCUAAUAAUGUAUUAAAUUGAAUUGUUGGUUCACUCUUUGGUGCUUUGAAUUGAAUUGUUGACACCAAAGUUUGAGAAUGCAGUGUGUUUUUAACAGAUGUUUAUUCUUGCCAGCUAUUUCCGGGCUACCACCAAUUCAAAGGGUUUGCACUGUGCAGCUGAUAUGUAGAAAAACAUGCAGGAAUUGUGAUUUGUGGCAAAGCAGGGUGUUGGUACAGUGGAAAUACUCCUGGGAUGAAGAAUCAGUAAUUCUUUUAACAUAACAAAACAUCAUUUUAAUAUAAUUUACUGCAUAAAAGCAGAAUGGACAAAACACGAUAAGAAAAUUUAAUGACUGUGCUACUCCUUUGCAUUGUCUAAGAAGUUGAACACUGUAAGUUGAUUUCUGGGCGCGCAACUACAUUUUGGGAUUAUAGAAUUGUAGAGUUGGAAGGUACCCCAAAGGUCAUUUAUUCCAAUCGUCUGCAAUGCAGGACUCUCUUGCCCAAUAAGGGCUCAAACCCACAACCCUGAGAAUAACAAUCUUAUGCUGUGUGCAGAUUAAGCCUCCAUAACCAGCGUGAUAAGAAAUGGUAUGAAGAGUUAUCAUUGGUUCUCAGUUUGUCCAGUUUUUGGUCACACCAGGGAUUCUUGUUUCAAAUGCAGAAGUAGGGACUUUGUACAGAAAUCAUUACAUUCUUUGCAAGAGCUGAUUUGUUUGGCUGAGGAUAGUGAACCCUGGAUGGAAAUGCAGUAAGAGCCUUUUUAACACAAAGGUCCUGGAAGGAGCAGAUGACCAGUUAGAUUCUAAAGGUGUCAUUUUGGGUGCCAAAUAAGUACAGUGGUACUUCUGGUUACGUACUUAAUUCAUUCCGGAGGUCCAUUCUUAACCUGAAGCACCGCUUUAGCUAAUGGGGCCUCCUGCUGCUGCCGUGCCACCGCCAUGUGAUUUCUGUUUUCAUCCUGAAGCAAAGGUCUUAACCCGAGGUACUAUUUCUGGGUUAGCGGAGUCUGUAACCUGAAGUGUAUGUAACCUGAAGCGUAUGUAACCCAAGGUACCACUGUACUGAAAAUGCAAGACGAUUCUUUAACUGUGGUGCCCAAUGAAGUGUGCUGUGUGUGGAAACAUUCAUGUGUAUAUGUUCAAACAAGGGGAAAUCUUGAAAUCCUUGGUCAGAUAUGUAUAUUUUUGUGCAGUUUUGCAGUUAGGUUUCUGGAGUGGUUGGUCAUCUGCUACAUCUUGUUUGUAAAAGCGGCACCGCAUUGUGGUUGCUCUCUGCCUUAAGAACAGAAGAGAUAGGACACAUGUAGCCGCUUCAUAAAAUGGGAAGGGCUGCAGCUCAGAAGUAGAACAUUUUCUUUGCAAGGAGGUUCAAUCCCUGGCAACUCCAGGUAGGGCUAAGAGAAAUUCCUGCUAGAAACCCUGGAGAACCAUUGUCGGUCUAGACCAGGGGUUCACAAACUGUGGUCCACAAACAUCAUUCCGGUGUUCCACAGUGUGCCUGUAAAUUCUGUGGAAUUCUAUGGACUUCAACUUUUAUCAGUGUUGGAUAAGAAAUAAAAGAAGCAGUUAAAAUGCAAAUAGAAAUCACACAUCAUUUCACAUAGUGCAUUACAAUAGCUACAAUAGGCGCGCGGGGGGUGGGAAAUCAUUAAGUGGCCCUUCAAGAGUCUAAUUUUCAAACGGUUCAUAGAGGGGAAAGUGUUAGGGAAUCACGGGUCUAGAUAAUACUGAGCUGCUUUGACUAAGUGUAUGGUUGUUUUCUAUAUUGCUUAGUACUUUUCUGUUAAUUGUGGAGCUGGGAAAUGCAGCACUGCUGCUGAUGCAGUCCUAGUGCCCUGUUGUCUAGCCUUCUUAACAAGCAAAAAGUCUUAUCUAGGUAGAGUUGAGGGAAUCAAUACAACCAUUGUAGCAUUUCACUAUUUACCUACUUGGGGCAGAGUAGCAUAGUGCAGCAAUAGCUGCUUGGGCAGGUUCACCUUGAACUUUCGGGUGAUCUUCGGAAACGAUUAUUACCAGCCCUAAGUGAGUAGCAAAUUGCAUAGCUACAUUUGCAGGUAAUAGUAGCACACCAUGGAGAAAGAUUCUAGUUCAGCCUUGUUCUUGUUGCACUGGAUGGGCACACUUUUUUUUUCCACACCAGAGAGCUUUAAAAAAUGUGAUUCUUCCAUCGUCUGAAGUGAGAUGGUGUGUUCUGCCAUUUCCAUUCCCAUCUUAUUCCUAUUCCCAUUCCCAUUCCCUGCAUGUCUGGACCAGGCUAUUCUUUGCAGAUAAAUAUGUGGCUAAGGAAAACAUUGACUUGGAAUCCUUUUUUUUUUAUAUAUCACUUUUUGAUACCAAACAUGGAGACUUCUUUGCAAUCAGUCUCUCCAAGAAACAUGCAUAAACUUUUCUUUCAUAUGGCUACCGAUGCCACUUCAAAUAUGGUAGAUUUUCUUAAUGGAGAAUCUAUCUGAUAAAAGAUGAGUAUCCUCAUAAGACAGCAGUCUUGUGAACACAAUAAGUAAAUAUGGAAUGGUUAUUGUGAAAAUAGGUUUUGAUUAUUAUUCUGAACAGUCUUUCUCCCUGUUUUCCUUGUUAAUAUACUUGUCUCCUAGUUUAAAAGCAUCCCUGGAGGUACUGUCCGUGUAGACUGGGCAAACACUUUCAGUCAUUGUUGUUGCCGUGUUGAUUCACUGCAGUGCUCCCUGGAGUUUUCAAUCAUAUUUAUUUCUCAUUUGAACUACUUGAUUUGGCUUUUUCAGGAUAUUCAAGCUAUUGCCCUUUAGUUCUCUUGGAAUGAUACUUUUUGCACAAGUUUACUAUUUUCUAACUCAGGUUAUUUUGGGAAAUCAUGGUUAAACAUUUGUAUUGUACAGAGACAUUGUAGAAGCAUAGGCUCAUUAAAAUGGAAAGUGUUCCUUCUGCUUGUUAAAUGCCCUGGGAUUUUGUUGCUGUAAUUCAUUAUGACGGGAAUACAAUCAAGGAGAUGGUUUAAAUGUAGUUCAUGGUUUUAUUAUUACUUUGGUUUCCCAUCUUUUAUAUUACCGUAAAUAAGCAGUGUGUAGGAGAAAUCUUUGGGCAGGAGGAGGAAGGGGCAGCAUUGAGAGGCCUGCAAGUCCCCACAAGGAGGCAAAGCCUCAAAAUGAUGCAGACAUUUAUUGGAACAGUAAACUGAAAUGCAUUGUAUACAUUUCUGAGGCAAAGAAAUUUCUAUUCCAUUUACGUUGCCUGAAUAAAUGGUAAAAUGGCUUGACUGAAUCGUCACAAUGUGGAAUAGAAAUCUUUUUCUUGAAGGAGAUCACUUAUUUACUUGAAUCUAAUACGCCAUUUAAUCUAAUGCACACCUCACUUUUCAGAACCUUGAAACCGAAAAAGUAUUUGCUGGUGAAUGUAAAUGUGCCAUAGAAUCUAAUGCACACCUUAAUUUUCGCAACGUCAUUUGGCAAAAAAAGGUGAUCAUUAGAUUCGAGUAAAUCCAGCAUGAUGGACAUACUUUAUUUUGUAAUGAAUUUCUGCACUUGCCUGUUUUGGGACUUAAAGUCCUCCUUUCUUUUUUAACUUCCAGAGAGGAUUUGUUUUCUUCCUAUAUUCUAAAAGUUUUUGGUCUCCUGUUUUCUUAGAUUUUCUCACAUUUUUCAUGUCAUUUAGAUUCUUUAUAUAUAGUUCAUAGUUUAAUAUAUGAGCAAGUUGCAUGGAUGACCCAUUCAUUUUGCUCCCAGGGAACAGCACUAAAAACUGUUGUGUUUGGAAAAUAUGAUGUUGCAGGUAAGCUACUAGUAGUUGGAUUUGUUCUUUGCUGUUUGCACCACUUUUAUAUAAUGUUAUCCAAAAGAAUACAAAGAUAAAGUGUGUACAAUUGAAUGUUGCUGAGUGGGCAGAGUUUGUAGCUCAGAACUGGGGUAUACAUUUAUAACUUUCAUUAGGCUUCUGGAAAUAUUUGCUCAGAUGGCUAAACAAAUUAUGAUGCUAUGCCGUAUUGGCGACAAGAUUCUUGUCAACAAGUCAAUUAAAAAUGGUAAAUGUUGUAUGUAAAUAGUUCAAAUGAGUUUGUGAGCUAUAUAAAAACUGGAAGAAUGUCUGUAACUGACAAGAGAGUUAAACUUCCAUUUUUUAAAUGACUUCUUUUUUAAAGGUUUUUAAUCUUGUACCGUGUAAUUGUGUAAACUCUCCAGCCUCGAAAGGUUUGCUGAGUAACUGCAAAAUACAGUGAUUUUUAACAAGUCUGUGUUGCAGUCUAGCGUGGUUUUGAAACAUUUGAAGCAGAUGUAAGCUUCUGAACUUGAUGCAUCCAGGGGAAUCAUGACACGGGAAGCUUCAUAUGGUAAAGGUUUUAAAGGGUACACAACAAGGGACAUCAUCAUGGCAACCAGCCCCUACAAGGUCUUUUGUUAUCAUUCCAGCACCAUUGUUGGCUCACCUUCCUCUUUACUCGACAUGAUUUUCAUGCUUGAGUCAGACUGUUGAAUUUCUGAGAAGCCCACAUACUUUUAUUUAUCUUUAUGAUUUCCUAUGUACCCUUCAUUGUAAGGUCCCAGGAUGGGUUACAACAAUAAAAUGCAAAAUUAUGAAAACAGAUAAAGCAAUUGCAAUGGUAAUGUAUGUAAACUGUUCCAAACAGAAGAGAACAAUGUAAAUUCAACAGAGGAGGUGGUUUCCAGAAGAUAAAACAGUAGAACAGACUCCCAUGAGAGGUGGUGGAGUCUGCUUCCUUGGAGGCUUUUAUGCAGAGGUUGGUUGGCCAUCUGUCAUGUAUGAUUUAGUUGAGAGUCCAGCAUUGCUGGGGUUGGACUAAAUGACCCUUGGGUCCCUUCCAGCUCUACAAUUCAAUGAUUCUAUGAAACAUUAAUUCAGUGGCCAUGUACUGUGCAGAAUAUAUAGUAGAUGUAUGAAUUCCUGAAAUGCUUAGAAAUUUUAAUGUAAUGCUGGUAGGGGACCUUUCACUGAUAACUUUUAAAUUUUAAGACAAAGGUUUUCAACCUUUUUGAGUCCACAGCUCCCUUGACCAACUCCAUUUUUCUGCUGCACCCCUGUGGCGCUCAGGAGCCCAGUUAUGUCACCCCUUUCUCGCAGAACUGGCAGCCUCUUACCCUUUUUUGAACACCCUCCCUUGUGGAGUGUUUCCUCAACCUCCUCUUACCUGUCCUUGGGAGUCCUCCAGGCAGUCGCAACUGCCACCCCUGGUCUCUGAGCUCCCCCCCAUGCCCCAAAGAGAGGUGCCUCCUCACACUGCCUCACAGGGGCCUGGGAAGAGGAUGCCCCCAGCCUUGGUGGCCCAACGGAGACUGGCCAGAGGUGAACAUGAGGCCAGCACCUUACUCACUUUGGGAGGCAGCAAUAGCAGCAGCGGGUGCUGCUGGAUAUGUGUGGUGGAAAGGCUCCCUUUCAGAACCAGACACUCAACUCCUCGGCAGGCCUUGCACACAGCAAGCACAAGAAAGGCAGAACCGUGCCUGCCUGCCAGGCCUCCCACUUGUCUGUCCAUUCCCACCAGCAAGGACCUGGCAGACUGGCUGGCUGAGCUCCCUUGCCCACUUGCUUGCUUGCUUGCUUCCUCAGCUCCUGGCAACCAGCACCCCCUGAACAAUCCCUGAGACACCAUUUGCCUGGGGAGCUUGUAGCCAGGACUGCUGCAACAAACAGCUGUGCAAGCCCUUGGGAGGCAGACACAUGAGAGGGCAUCAGAGGAGGGAGGGGAGGAAAGAGGGACUGAGGCCAGUGUUGCCUGUGGCACAUCUGACCUUCUUUCAAGGCACCCAGGGUGCCACGGCACACUGGUUGAAAACCACUAAGGUAUCCUAUACCAUAUUUCACAAGCCUCAGUUACUUGGUAAUCAAUCACUGUAUUAUUAUUAUUAUUUUUAAGUGCCUCAAAAUGGUGGGUUGUAGCCAGCUAAGUUCUAUUGGUAGACCCAUUGAAAUUUAAUGUACUUAUUAAUUUCAGUGGUUCUAUUCUCAGUACAACAACAACAACAACAAAUUAUAUUAUUUGUAUGCCGCCCAUCUGAUUGGGUUGUCCCACCACUCUGGGUGGCAAGAUACACCUUGUAUCUUGUUUUUAAGAAUGCAAGUGCUUAUGUUUAAUAUUAUGUUCGGUGUUUUUUCUAAUCUCUGUGCAAGUGACCGACUGUUUUGUCUUGAAGAACAUGAUGGAUAAGGAAUAUUUAAAAUAGUGUAAAGUUAAUUUUUAAUUUAAAAGAACAUCCAGUCUUGCAAAGACUGUUGAUGCUUUCAGGUGUUCCCAGUUUCCUUGAACCAUCUCUUUAAGGCUACUUUGAUCAUGACGGUCAGAGAACAUUACUUGUUUAGAUGGAAUAUCACACUCCUCCACUGAGAGACUGAGAUUAGUCUCCUUUAGAUAGAUGCACAAUGAUGAAACAAGUUAGUAAAGUUUCAGCUGAACCCUAUGCCAGCCGUGUAUCACACCUACAUCUUAAGGAUACUCUAGUUGGAUAAGUAAAUUUGAAGAUGCCGCGUAUGAGCAUAUUGAAAAGCCUAGAUCCCCCUUUAACUGGAACUCUAAAGCAAUUUGGUGGUAAACAUGUGGAAUGUUAUUGACCCUGCCCUGAUACCAUUUGUGGUGGUGUUAAAGGAAGUGAAUGUCUUGGGAUCAUGUUGACUUCUUGGACUUUUGUGCAGCUUUUAUGGUUUCUCAGUUACUACAGUAGUGGCAGAAUUGACAUCAAAAGUUGUAAAAGUAAAAACCUUGAUUUUUCCAUAAUUUAAUCCUCACAGAAACAACCUAUGGCAAUUUAUACAUCACCAUAGUGCUUUUUAAAAUAGAACUGUAUUAUAACAAGCUAAAUAGAAGAAGAAGAAGAGUUUGGAUUUGAUAUCCCGCCUUUCACUCCCUUUAAGGAGUCUCAAAGCGGCUAACAUUCUCCUUUCCCUUCCUCCCCCACAACAAACACUCUGUGGGGUUAGUGGGGCUGAGAGACUUCAAAGAAGUGUGACUGGCCCAAGGUCACCCAGCAGCUGCAUGUGGAGGAGCGGAGACGCAAACCCGGUUCCCCAGAUUACAAGACUACCGCUCUUAACCACUACACCACACUACACCACACUGGCUCUCUAAAUACAUACAGAUAUCAAUAUUUAACAGUAUUCCACAACCUUUCAUCAUUGAGGACUAUUUGCAACAUUGAAUUGUGGAAGAACCCAAAAGUUUUAUGAAUGCUUUUUCAGUGCUGUUGGGGUGCAUUUAACCCCACUUGUCAACGGAUGGUUAAGAAAUAAGUGACAAUGUGAUUGUCCUUGAGCCAACUUUUGGUUAGCCAUGAAAUGCUUUUAUGUUUAUUAUUAGCCGGUUCUCUUUUUCUCUGUGUGAUAUCUCAUCAGCUAAUUACAUAUAGUCUGCAGAAUAGUAACUAAUGGCUAGAAGCCCAGUAAUUAUCAUUGAUAAAAUGAACAUCACAAUGAUAAAACUAUUCCAUUGAAAAUUCACCCACCAUUUUUUAAAGAAGUAAGAACAGCAGAGGCCACAAUUCCUUUACUAACUAGCAAAAUGUUACAGGCGGUGACCAUAUUGCGUGGGGUUUCUGUUCUUGCCCCCCCCCCGCCAGUACAUUAGCCAGUCCUGUUCUGCCUCGCCCCCAUUUCACUUCCAAAAGCUCCCAAGUGUUGGCAGUUACACAUCAGCUGAACGCUCCUAAAAUGGUCAUUCCUGUAUUUUAAUGAUUGGGGCAAAGGGGAUUUAAUACUUUGCAGAAAGCCUGGCUGAAGGGUACACAAUGCCCAGCAUUUUGGGUCAACCUUACACAUUUUGACCCUGUCACUGAGGGCUGGGUAACCCUUGUUAAGGGAUGGGAACAGCCAUGAGCACAACAGUGGUCCAAAACGCAGUGAAGCAAAACAAAUUGAUGAAACUCAUAGACUGGCUUUUUCAGUAGAAGUUGACACUUGAUUCAUUUUAUAUAACACACAUCAAUGCAAAAUGAAAGUGUAACGAUACAGAACACCCUGGGCAUACUGCACCAGCUCAAGUUAACUUUUUAGGAUAUCUUCAUUACUGACAGCAGUCUUGUUUUGCUCCUUUUACAGAUGUGAUGCAGACCCAUCAGCUCUAGCUAAGUAUGUUCUUGCUUUGGUAAAGAAGGAUAAAAGUGAGAAAGAACUGAGGGCAUUAUGUGUUGAUCAGCUGGAUGUGUUUCUUCAAAAGGGUAAGCUCUUGUAAAUAUAUCACUGACUUGUUCUGAAUUCUGACUCCAUCUUCAAUUAAUUGUAUAUGUUUAUUAUUGCAUCCUGGGCUGAAUGGCUCUGCAUUAAAUAGAACAAAAAGUAUGCAGCCCAACAGAUUUGUUGAUUCAAAGAAAUAACGUAGUGUAUAACAUCUAAGAGACAUUACAGAUACUCAGAUCCUGUUGUAGAAAAUAAAUGCAUCAUAUGUUUCACUCUUGGAAGCUCUGAAUCCUUUUGAGUGGUUAUUGGAUCAUCAUCUAGAAUUAAGUAUUAGAAAUACUAAGAAUUAAAUAGUAGGUGCCUUAGAUAUAUAAAAAAUACAGUCAUACCUUGGAAGUCGAACGGAAUCCGUUCUGGAAUUCUGUUUAACUUCCAAAAUGUUCGGAAAUCAAGCCGUGGCUUCUGAUAGGCUGCAGGAAGCUCCUGCGGAACCCGUGUCAGGUGUUUGGGUUCCAAAGAACAUUCGCAAACUGGAACACUGACUUCUGGGUUUGCAGCAUUCGGGAGCCAAAACGUUCUACUUGAAAGGUGUUUGACUUCCGAGGUAUGACUGUAAAUAUAAUAAAUCAACUGCUUUCAGUUACAGAGCACUCCCCAGGCAUUUUUAUAAACCUAAACAUUUUGUCAUUUUUAAAUGAAUAGUGCAGUUUGUGAGUUUGUAUCUGUCACACCAAAAAUUGAUUGUAGUCAACCCAAAGUUGUGUUUUAGUCUACCAUCUUGAUUCAAAAUGGCUCCUGGCAUCCAAACAUUGACGAAGACUAUCGCCCCCACUUUGGGCCUUUUUCUACCAAGUUUGGUGAUGGUAUAUCAAGAGGCAACCUAUAGAGAACAGACGAACAAAACUUUCCAGAGUGCAUAGUAGAUAUACUUCUCUCUCUUCUGUGCUCUGCUUGCCAGAACUGCUCUUUUUCCAUGUGCUGUCCAUAAAGAGUGUGCCAGCACUUGAGGAGGCAGAUGAAUGCCUGAUGCUGCUUUUUUCAAGAUUGAAAGCUCCAGGGAUGGGUUUGGGGGAUAGCACUGUGCCAGUGAUGGGGAAGUGUUGGUGAAAGGGUUACUGUUGGUCUUCUCUACUGUCUACAGUUGCCAUGUACCCCAAGCAAAUAGGAGAGUGACCAUUUGCUCAACCGAUGCAAAAUGGCUAAUUGAAUUCUGAGUAAUACUAGCCAUAGAAAUUGUUUGUCAAGUGUUACCUUUGGAUCUUGUUUUAGAGACCCAGAUAUUCGUGGAAAAACUUUUUGAUGCUGUGAAUACAAAGAGCUAUCUACCUCCACUGGAGCAGCCAACAUCGGGAAGCCUGAAAUCAGACUUUUUUCAGCAUCAGGAAAAAGAAACUAAGAAGGAAGAGGUAGGGAUCAGUCAUGCAUCCUCUUCUUAAUGCGUAUCUUGCAAUUUGUGUCUGUAUGUUUAAUCUGUUUUCAGUUACAAUGCAUUUAAAUGCCAAUUUCUUAAAGCUCAGCACUUUUGAUAGGUGAUCGUUGAGGAUAAACUUCACUUGGUGACUCUUAACUACGUGAUAUAGUGAACCUUAGAGAAUGAAGCUAUGGGUGUUACUAUCGGAUCGAGGGUGUGAGACUAGUAUUUACAGGUGCAAUAUUUGUUUGGAGAACCCUGAGCAAGAGUGGAUUAUCAGAUAUAUGUCUAAAAACCCUUAUUUAUUGUAUUGCUCAUUAUUAUUAUGUUUAUUAAAUUUCUACACCGCCCUUCAUCCAAAGUUCACAGAGCGAUUUGCAAUAUAAAAACACAAAAGGACAUACCAUAUUAACAAACAAAGCAAUACCUCCCAGUUUAAAAGGCCAUUGAUUGUUUAAUUAACUCAAGGCAUGGGAGAAGUGGAAUUUUUUGCCUGAUGCCUCUUCUAAACUUCAAAUUCUCAUGUCAAAGCGUCUUCUUUGUUACAAAGAUGUGCAGUUCUGAGGGCUGAGGUUGACGUAGAAUUCUUGAGAAGGAUUUUGAAAUGGUUCUAUUUUGUUUGGUUGCUGGAUGUUUCUCUGGAUACUGUACUCUUGUCUGAUUUUCAUUUUCCUUCUUUAUCAAGGUCAUUAAAGAGGAAGAGCGAGAGAAAAAGUUUUCUAGAAGGCUAAACCAUAGUCCCCCUCAGUCAAGUUCACGCUAUCGAGAAACCAGGUGAUCAUGUAUUCUGUCCCUUGUAGUAAAAACCAGGAGAGGUUAUUUAAUAAAGUUUUCAUGUUGUUCUUUUUUACUUGCUUUGUCUUUUUCAUGUAUAAAUGUUUUGAGGUGGAUUUAGUUACAUUGUUUGCUGUUACAGCAGUUUGAAACAAAUUAUAUUGUAAGGAUACAAAGGUAUAAAUGAGCAAGUCCCCAUGUGUAAUACAUACAGAGCACAAUCCAAAUUUUGUAGUUUUUAAUGUAGUUUUUAUAGAUACAUAAGGGAGUGUGCUUUCAAACAUAGCUAUCUCCUUCCACCUGACUGUUUUGAAGUUAAAGAGCACCUUAGUGAAUUUUGUAUUAGAAAAUUGUCAACCUCUGAAUUUUCCUACGACGACUCUGCAUCAUCAGUGUUUUUUACACCCACUUAAAUGGAUGGUGAUUGUCUUGAGUCAAUAUACAUUUUGUAUGAUAUAUUGGGGGAAAUGCACAACACUUGCUUCUGCAGGAAAGCACCCAACUAUGCUCAGAUUAUUGCAUUUGAAUUAGGAUUUGCCUUUGGUAUGUAUCCAUUUUUCAUGGAAGCAAAUCCUGCGCUUAGAAUGUCUGAGCUCAUGAAGGUCUAGGCUGCAUUUGAAGUAUUCUCUCCCCUUUCAUUUGCUUUGUUUUCUCUUGUGAGAGUCUACAUCGGGGCGAACUUUUUUCUCUGCUUCUGUGUUUCCAAUGAGAGGAGGAGGGUGUCUGCUGUGCAUCUCGAUACUUGCAUUGUUCUAGGUGCAUUUUGCGACGUGGAAUGUCAUUAGUGUGAGCAGCUUCUCAGCUCUGGGUGCAGUACUGCACCUGAGAUUUAAGAUUAAAACUUCAGAAGGGAAGGAAAGCAGGACUUUUUUCUGCCUCCCCACUUCCAGCUAGACUGGAGAAGAGACCUGUGAAAAAUGAGCAUAACAUUUUAGCUGCAGUUCAUUCAUUUUCUGCUUUGUAUUCUUGCUAUCUAAGGGACGCAGGUGGCACUGUGGGUUAAACCACAGAGCCUAGGACUUGCCGAUCAGAAGGUCGGCGGUUCGAAUCUCCGUGACGGGGUGAGCUCCCAUUGCUUGGUCCCUGCUCCUGCCAACCUAGCAGUUCUAAAGCACGUCAAAGUGCAAGUAGAUAACUAGGUACCGCUCCGGCAGGAAGGUAAACGGUGUUUCCGUGUGCUGCUCUGGUUCGCCAAAAGCGGCUUAGUCAUGCUGGCCACAUGACCCGGAAGCUGUCUGCGGACAAACACCGGCUCCCUCAGCCAAUAAAGCGAGAUGAGUGCCGCAACCCCAGCGUCGGCCACGACUGGACCUAAUGGUCAGGGGUCCCUUUACCUUAUUCUUGUCAUAAAACAGCGCGCUGAGACGUUCCGUUGAUGCACCCAUGACCUAGGUUGAAGGUGUCAUGGAGCUCCUAGCUUUCCUAUCUCAGUUUCUAACACUGGCGCUGUGCUAUUGGUAUUCCAGUCUGCUUCUAAUAUACAGUAACAGAGCUUCAUGUCCUUGAGCUCAGAAACUCAAAUGGCAUAGCAUGUUCUUGCAUCUAUGGGGAGUUCAUGGUGGGGGGGAAUAGGAGUGUAAGUUAAGGCUGGGCGAUACCGCCUUUCAACAUCACAAUGUAUCACCAGCCAAACAUUACAAUAUAGUAAUGCAUUGCGAUGAUGAAAAAUGGAAGGGGGGGGGGAGGACAAGCUACAUCGACCCCUGGCACCUCAUGGGGCUGGGGCCAAUGCAGCUCGUUUUCCCCUCAGCGUUCUGAGUGCUGGCAGCAGAGGGACUCCAGAGUGGUGUUGGUUUCAGUCAUGAUAUACCGCUCAGAAAGAUGCCAUUGUGCUCUGGCCCUCAGACCAGUCCUGGGCGAUGUAUUGAUACCUGAACAAGCCCCCAAACCAGGGCUUUUUUUCAGCUGGAACUCACCAGGACUUAGUUCCACCACCUCUUUGGUGGGUGCCAUUGCCAUUAUAAACAAACAAGGAAGGUGUUCCUGGUGAGUUCCAGCACCUCUUUCCAGAAAAAUAGCACUGUCCCAAACUAUAUAGCUUUUAAAAUGGCCUGUGGUAGGUGAUAACUGGUGCUGGUUCAAAGUUUGUUUUUGCCCAGAAUUGGCACUUAAAAUAGUGUUUGUGUUCAUUUUAAAAAUAUUUUCACUGAUUCUGAUACAAAUGGUUACACUCUUAUAUUUGGUAUGAAUUUUCUGUUUAGAGCCUAGAAUUUAUUUCUGUGUAACAAUCCAAAAUAUUUAGAAGCAGGGAUGAAAGAAAGAAAGAGGAGCGUUCUCGCAAGAGAGACUACGACCGGAAUCCCCCGCGAAGAGAGUCCUAUAGAGACCGCUACAACAGAAGAAGGGGGCGGAGCCGGAGCUACAGCAGGAGUCGCAGUAGAAGCUGGAGCAAGGAGAGGUUGCGGGAUCGAGACCGCGACAGGAGCAGGAGUCGAAGUAGAAGUAGAACAAGGAGCAGAGGUGAGCGAUGCUCUGCACAUGCUGACUUGCAGCAUUGCAAUUCUUUUUGUAAACUGCUUUAAAGUUUUUCUUUGUUUUUUUACAAUCAAGCAGUAUAUAAACUUAAAUAAAUGAAUGAAUGAGUGUAGGACUGUCUCCAGACUACAAAUUGGUACUCUGUAGUAAAGGAACGUUUUCAGGUUUGGAUGGAUAAGACUUGCUUAUCAGAGACUUUUCAAUAUAUGUGGUUAGAUAUCAUUUGAUACAUUCAGAUGAUCAUUAAUGUUCUGUCCAAUGCCGGAGAUUGCAAAAGUCUGAGGAUACCGCUGAGAGGAGAGGAAUCAUAUGUGCUGCCUUGGGAUCCUCAAAGGAGAGGCAGGAUAUAAAGUAGGAAUAAAUAUAUAUGUUUAUGCUCUAGAAAAGCUGUGAAGAUUUAUUUUGAAAGUACCAGGACAAUAAUAUACAAAUAUGCCACACAAGUGUGUUCUAAGACACAUACAUUUUAAGUACAGUGCUAUCCUGUGGAUAUAUACUUAGAAGUAAAACCAUGGUGUUUGAUGGUGUUUGUUCUCAUGCAUUGGAUGAGCAGACACGUGCUUGUUGCUUUCCCUCGCAUGUUUUUCCCACACUCUGUACACUAGAGGUGCAAAGGAGCGAUUGAACUGAGAAAAACUGUAUAUAUUUGAAUGGUCUUUCUUCUGGUUCACUUGCCUGUUUCUUCCCAUGGUGAGAUUAUUGGGGAAGAAGAGCACACACAUGAGGCCUCCUCCAGAUCUCUCUCUGGGUGAAAUCUGAUGAAAUGACAUCACAACAAGUUAUUAGGUUUGAUACUUCAUUUGUCCCACAGCAAAGGGCUUUCUUUAUAUGUUUCAGGAUUUAAGACGCUUAGCCAAUUGUAUUUUGUAAAUGUGAUUUGAGGUUGCCAUUGGCUGUCCUGCAUGCUUUCAGAUCGAUAAACCAGCUGGGAUUGGGAGUUUUUCUAGUUUUAAAAAUGUUCAUCAGUUUGCGUAAUACUUGUCUUACUGACAUAAUGUGGAUGCCUUGUUCUUCUUUGCAGAAAGGGAUAUAGGGAAACCAAAAUAUGACUUGGACAGAACAGAGCCAUUAGAAAACAACUAUACUCCUGUUUCUUCUGUAACAAACAUUUCAUCCAGCCAUUACCCUGCCCCUACACUAAGUAGCACUAUAACGGUUAUCGCUCCUGCUCACCAUGGAAAUAAUACUACUGAAAGUUGGUCAGAUUUUCAUGAAGAACAAUUAGACCACAAUUCCUACGGGAGACCUCCACUGCCAAAGAAACGUUGCAGAGACUAUGAUGGUAAGAACAAAAAACGAAUUAUCCCAUUGCCUUGCAUUUCAUUUUGUUGUUUUACAAGUGAAACAUAAAAAGUAAAAAUGGGUGGAGCUUUCUUUGCGAAUGGAGGUUUAUGAACUCAGUUCCGAAACUGAAUGGAAAGCUAUUAAUUUGCACUGCUCAGAACACUGCAGACUUUUCCUGGUAACAUACUGUUUUAACUUUUCAGAAAAGGGUUUCUGUAUGAGAGGAGAUAUGUGUCCAUUUGAUCAUGGAAGUGACCCUGUAGUUGUAGAAGAUGUGAACCUUCCAGGCAUACUGCCUUUUCCAGCACAGCCCCCGGUUGUUGAAGGACCACCCCCUCCAGGACUUCCUCCACCGCCUCCUAUUCUUACUCCUCCUCCUGUAAACCUUAGGCCUCCUGUUCCACCUCCAGGCCCUUUGCCACCCAGCCUUCCACCUGUUACAGGUAGGAUGUACCUUUUAAAUUUUAAAAUAACUUACUGUACUAUGUUGAAAUCCAUUAAAACACUGUUCAGAUACAAUGUCUCUAAACCAAAUUGGGGGAAAUGCCUGUUUUCUUAAAAAUGAGGAGGAAGACAAGAAAAUAUCCUGGGACAUGGAGUUCCAUAACUGGAUUUCUGUCACUGAGAAGUCCCUAGGUUUUGCAGCAGCUUGAUACAUCUUGAAGCAUAAGGGCCUCAGCAAAACAAGCACAAAAGGUCUCGCUGCCUGGGAGAGGGAACAUAUAGAAAGUAGUGUACUUUUAGGUAUAAUGGUGCAGCUCUCGUAAGCUUUAAAGGUCAAAAUUGGCACAUUUAUUAAAUUUGCAUUCUGACCAACUGUAUCUCUAAGGAUGAGUGUUUAUAUUGUCUCUGUUACCUGUUGCAUUUAAAAUUCUGGUGGCCGAAGUUUGAACUAAUUGUGGUUCAGGCACCAAGCUGAAAUCGGUAACCAACCAAGCACUACUCCUCUUUCCUUUUACUCCUCACCUUACACUAAUAGGGAACAGCAUGCUACUAUUUUUACGGUGAACCUACAUAGUACGGCAAGUAGCUUCUCUGGUGACUGUACACUUGUUAAACAUUGGUUAAAACAACCAGGACCUUUAUUUACAUAUUGAGGAUAGCCUUAAUUAAACAGCCAGAAGCUAAACAGUGAGUUCUUCUAUCCCUAUGUCUGCCUUUAUGCUGCUGUCUUACCUCUGAAGAUCCAUAGUUCUGUCAAUGGUCAGGAUAUUAUAUUUUGUGCUGUAUGUGGUUGCUUUUUUCUUUUCACUUUUGAUAUUAAAUUAUUUCUGGUUUUGGCAGGACCACCACCUCCUCUCCCACCUUUGCAACCCUCUGGUAUGGAUGCUCCCCCAAAUUCUGCAACUAGUUCUGUUCCUACGGUUGUAACAACUGGUAUUCAUCACCAGCCACUGCCUGCUCCACCCUCUCUUUUUACAGGUGCAGUACUAGAAUAUUUACUCAUGAUAAAGAAAGUCUUAUUAUCCUUAGACAGAUGCAAUGGACAAUUGGAGUGUAAUAGAUUUUAUCAUCUGGUAGAAACUUGUCAUUGUCAAAGAAUAAAACUGUAGAAUGUAGUUUUACACUCAACAACAGGAUCAAAAGCAUUGCAAAAUUAGUUCCGAGCCCCAUGGAACAUGAAAUGUAUUUUUUGCAAGCAGCUAACUUCUUGCAGCAAACUACUUUUGAAACUCAUGGGGCUUAAGCAGUUUGUAAUUUUUUUUUACAUUUUUUUUUGCAAAUUUAUGAAUGCUUCAUAGCCUGAAGCCAUCCAAGUGGUGUACAACAGGAUAAAAAUAAGAUAAAAUCUACAAAAUACGAAAUAUGUCAUGGGGAUCAGAUGUUCAUAUUCAAAAUGGAAUUAUUAUUUUUUAAAUCCACUGGGCUAGUUCAGGCUCCACAGAGGAGCCAAAGCAGCUCUUUGGAUCCUGGCGAAGAUUGUCCAGAGGAAAGGAAGGUAUUGAUCUGUCCACUACAGAUAGUUUUAGCUUCAUAGCUAUGGAGAGUGUUGUAUAGACUGCCUUGUUUGAAUUUGGAGCUAUGUAACCCUUUCUGUAUUGUAUUGUAACUAGACAACUUUCUCUUUAACAGAAACAUAUGACACAGAUGGCUAUAAUCCUGAAGCACCAAGUAUAACUAUCACUUCAAGGCCCAUGUAUAGACACAGAGUGCAUGCCCAAAGACCAAAUUUGAUAGGACUUACAUCAGGGGAUAUGGACCUGCCACCAAGAGGUAUCGUGAAAGAUUUAUUGAUCUAUGUUUUCAAGACUCGUCUUCGCAUUGUUUUAUUAUGCAGUACUAGGAAUAAUUGCCUGGGUCUGUGUGUGUGUUAUGUUUUCUGCCAUUUUGAAAUCUGCUAGGAGCAAGAUGUUUUCCAAGCUCUGCUGCCUAACCAACUUGUGGUGUUAGAAUAAAACAUAUUGAUAAUACAGGACUUGUUCGACAGCGACAUGCUUAUUAUGGAAGCCUCUGUUCAUAGACAGCAAAAAUGUUGCUUUUGUAAAUUUUUUAGCUGAAUGUUGGUUUAAUGCUAUUGUGAUAUUUUAUUAUUGUAUGUAUGGGUUUUACCUAUUUUAUUGAUGCUUUUAUAUUUGUAAGAUGUCUUGGGGCCUCCCAUACUGCCCAAAGGCAGAUUUUAAAAGCUUGCUUAAUAUAUCAUUUGAACAUACCUUUUCGCUAUGUCACAUCUUUUUUUUUAAGAAUAAUUUUUUAUUAACCGACCAAUCACAUCAAAUCAAACCAAAUUACAUAAAUUCCAAAUUACACAGCCGAACUUUAAAUUUUUGUUGGGGGUACCCAUAUUUCAAGUUCCGAAGGGAUCCAAUCAACUUCUUGCUUCUUACUGCUGUUUUAAUGUCCACAAAUCUAACCUUAUGAUGUUCACAGUACUAUCCAGUCCUUUCUUAUUAUUUUUCCACAUCUCUUGUUGUUAUUUUCAUAUAUUUUUCCUUUCUCUUUGUGACCUCUGAUAGUCUCCGCAAGCUGGUUAGAACAGUUUGUAAUCCUGCAUGGAUUUAUUUUUUUUUAAUCCAGUAGCCAUAUCCAGACGUUUUCCAUAUAACAUCACUUCCAUACAUCAAAACAGUCUUAGCGUCAUUAAUCUUCACCAAUCUGCCUCCUUUCUCAAAACCUCUGAGGAGAUUCACUAGGAAUGCAGUCUGAAAACAAAUCCGUUCUUCCUCCCGGCUAUAAAUCCUUUGGCAAGAUGGCGACUCCAAAUUAAUUGUUGCGCCAUUCCCAAAAGCUCUUAUUGCUUCUCGGUCUCCAUAAAGCAUACUUUUGGUUAAAGUUUAUCUCCACACAGACCUUAAUCAUCCUGCUUGGGUCAGUUCAACCGACGGUUCUAAUGAGGAGGGGUUCUUGUAAAUCACAUAGAAGGAAAGUAAAAAAGGUUCCCCCCCCAUUCAGCCCCGUGGUCAACAUACCCCGCCUUUGGUGUAUCUUCAUCGUAAAAUAUUCCUGUUUCUCCAGCCCGUUGUCUUCUUUCGCAGAGGUCACUUAAAUUAGCAGACUUCACUCCCCUUCUUCACUUGAAAUAUGUGCAUUUGCUUCUUUUGUAAUUAAUUAUUCCAAAUUGCUGCAACUAGUGCGCGAUCAGAGACAGCGUCCAGGAGAGCCGAGGUCCACACGGGGCAUUCUGCCUAGGGCCCUCACCCCCUUCUUUCGAAUUAGGGGGUGAUUUAUGGGCACAGCAGGCAAGGGCAGUGUUCCCCAUUUCCUUGGGGCAACAAGGGAGGCUGCCUACUCCCAUAACAGCCUCUUAAUUACCCCGUGUGGGUCGGAGAGAUGGUAUUGUCGGCCAUCUUCCAAUGCGCCCCCUAGUGGCCCCCUAUGUCACAUCUUUUUUUCUGAUUUAAGGAAGUAUUUAUGUAGUUAUGAAAUGUUAAGAAUAUCUUCUCUGAAGUAGAGAAAAUAACAAAUCAAAAUUUUUUGUGUGUGUUUGGUUUUGACUGGUAUUCUACUGUGGAUACCAGUCAUUGAUGAAAGUAGACAAUUCCCAGUUUACAAGUUCAUUAUCUGAUUUAAAAAAUGCACCAAAAAAUAAAAAAUAAAAUUAAAUGGUUGGUGGGGAGGGAGAGAGAUAUCAGCUAAUGCACGAUGAGACCUGGGCUUCUGAUCAUUGCCAUGAAACAUAUUGUGGUUUUGGAAAACUUGGAAUAGUCAGUACUUAGGGCACUAGAAAUGGUAUAGCUGCUUCAGGAUACUAUAAAACAGCCAUGUUACAUAUAUGAUUGGUGCAGAUGAUGUUUGACCUUCAUCUUGCUUUACUAUAAAUUGGCUUAAAGAGUUGUGGGGAACUAAAGCGUUUUGGUUCACUUUGCAAUACACCACACAGUACAGAAUGGUACUCCUUUAAUUCUUUCUGUGUAUGCCAAAACUCCUCAUUUUUCUGGUGGACUGGUUUGGUUCCCUGGCUUGCAGCUUGAAUCACCUGAGGCCAGGGCAGUUUGCUCAGAAAGAUGUUUAGGGGAACUCUACUUUUACCAGUUUGGGGGCCAAUAAGACUUGCCUAAACUCAGGGUAUCAACGGAAGGCGUGGUUGGAUCUGAAAAAGGAAGGGUAAAUUUGUGUGGGAGGAAGGGAGACAAAGUUUGCAAAGCUGCAAGGCUCUCCUGAACUACCCAUGUUAUAUUUGUACUGUGCGUCUAUGGCAGCCCCCCAUCUCUUGUCUAGCUUCUUUUUCAAAAAUAUUGGAAAAUAUCAAAGGCAUCCCUUUCGGGCUCAAGUCAUAAGCCAUCUGCUAAAUAUCUAAGAGUUGAAAAGAAAUCUUGCUUUCUGGGCAAUGUAUUCUAUAGUUGCCCUGUGGGGUUUCUUGCACUUCCUUUUGAAGCAUCUGGUUUUGGUAUCUGUUGGAGACCAAUGCUGAACCAAAGGGACCUUGGGUUUGAAGAAGUAUAGCACUUAGUAUGUUCCAAAAAUGCAAUAAGUCAGCUGAUGGUAAUAAGGAGAGAAAAUCCUACUAUAAAAUGCACAGACAAACAUCUUUUAAAAAUUAAUCAGUGUACUCUUCUCUUCCACACAGAAAAACCUCCUAAUAAAAGCAGCAUGAGGAUAGUGGUGGAUUCUGAGUCCCGAAAAAGAACUAUUGGUGCAGGUGAUGGAGUUCCAGCAAAGAAGAAUUGGUUUGACAAGUGAGUAGUUGCUAGAUGUGUUAACUGCAUACUAAUGCCUGAACUAUGAAAUGUGUUUCAAGUUUGCUUUUCCAAACCAUUCAAGAUAUUCCAGUUAAAAUUUCUGUUUUUGGUUUGGAGUAUCCGCCUCUCCGUGAUAUGCUUGUUUGUCACAGGUUGUUUUGUGUAAUAGUCAACACUUAACUUGUCCGUACACCUGUACAAUCAGGUGUUUAAAUUGUGUUAUACAGCCUUUCAGUUGGUUCCCCAUCACUAUGUGUUUUUAGAUUAUGGUGGAGAGGACUUUCAUCCUUUAAGUCUUGAGCAUUUGGUUUCCAUGAUUAAGUCUGGUUCAACAUGGCAUGACAUUGUAGUAAAUUAGUAUAUGCAAACCCUGGUUAGCGUAUCCAAACUGCAAACUCAAAUCAUUGGGAGGCCUUUGCCUGCAAUGAGGGAGGUCUGCAACAUCCUGUGGCCCCUUAGCCAUGUGGCCAAGGGAACAUAGGGUUGCUACCUUUGGUAGUGGUUUGGUGUCAAUAUGUGCACUCCUUCUACUCUCAUGUUUUAUUUUUUAUUUUUUGCAUUUCUAAACAGCCCUUCUCAGGGCAGUUAACAAAAUAGUAAGAAUUGCAGAACAGCUAUUAAAAACAUAUGUAAGCAUUUGUUCAGCUGCAACAAUUUUCUUAUCUCAGCAGACCAGAUGUCUUGUUAGACUCCACAUCUGUCUCCCAAAAGCCCGAAGGGACAGGAGCGUCUUCAGUUGACACCAGAACAUUUCCUAAAAUGCAGCUUUAGACUUGUUUUCACUGAAAUUCCACAUCUUACCUGUCUGUCCCGUUGCAAAUUAACUUACUACUAGUAGCUCAAGACAGUCCCCAACUCAUUGUUUUAUUGCAGGCAAAACUUUAAUAGAACAAGCAGUCCUGCUUUCCAGAAGAAGGUUCAAUUUGGAAAUGAAAAUACUAAACUUGAAUUGAGGAAAGUUCCUCCAGAGCUUAACAAUAUCAGCAAACUAAAUGAGCACUUCAGCAAAUUUGGAAAUUUAGUAAAUUUGCAGGUAGGUGGUAUCUUUGACUUUUUCAUUGCUCCUUAUUUGAGCCUAGAUCAUGAGGGUGCUUUUUCUAACAGGGUGGCAACCUUUGGCCUUCCAGAUGUUGUUAGACUCUCAUCAGACCUCACCUGUGUAGUUAGUGGUCAAGGAUGAUUAAAAAACAGUAGUCUAGCAACAUCAGGUGGGCUCUAGGUUAGCAACCCCUGCUUUAUAAGGAUGAGCUGAAAAUUCUUUGAUUUAGUCCACUUUACCAUUAAUAUAGGGACGCGGGUGGUGCUGUGGGUAAAACCUCAGCGCCUAGGGCUUGCCGAUUGCAUGGUCGGCGGUUCGAAUCCCCGCGGCGGGGUGAGCUCCCGUCUUUCGGUCCCAGCUCCUGCCCACCUAGCAGUUCGAAAGCACCCCUAAGUGCAAGUAGAUAAAUAGGUACCGCUUUAUAGCGGGAAGGUAAACGGCGUUUCCGUGUGCUGCGCUGGUGCUGGCUCGCCAGAGCAGCUUCAUCACGCUGGCCACGUGACCUGGAAGUGUCUCCGGACAGCGCUGGCCCCCGGCCUCUUAAGUGAGAUGGGCGCACAACCCUAGAGUCGGACACGACGGGCCCGUACGGGCAGGGGUACCUUUACCUUUACCUUACCAUUAAUAUAACAGCCAAGUAUAAAUGGUUAUGCUUUCUGCACUCAUCCCACUUCCUUAGCCCCAUUGCCUUUGUCUCCUGCUGUAGUUUGUCUCCUUACUUCUGGCCACUACUGCCAUCCCUUAGAGCAAAGGUCUUUAUCAUUGUGCAGAGACAUGAAGCAUGAUUGGUCUAGGGAUGCCAAUGUCACAAAAUAGCCAUGUCUUACAUAUUCAGAUAGCCUUGCAGUGGUUUUCUACACUGUUGUUCCUAAAAGAAAGGAGCUCUGCACACAUCAAAUCAUUAUACAGAAGGCUGUGCGGAGGCAAGUGUGACCAUGUUGUUGUUUUCACCCUCUGGAAAAUAAUGUUCUGUCAUCCCCUCCACCAAUAUAUAGUAAAAAAGAGGACCUGAAAUUAGAAAGAAAGGCUACUAUUUAUAAAGUACUAAUGCACGUUUUGGACAGUGUUUGUACAUUUAGAAAUGGUGUUCCAAGUGCAUUACAGUAAAACCUUAUUCGUCGAACAUAAUCCAUUCUGGAAGCCCACUAGGCUUCCAAAAUGUUGGACAGCCAAAGCGCUGCUUCUGAUUGGUUGCAGGAGCUUCCAGCACUCAAGUGGAAGCCACAUUGGACAUUUGGCUUCUGAAAAACAUUUGAAACCCAGAACACUUCCGGGUUUUCGGCUUCUGAGAGCUGAAGCGUUCCAAAAUGGAGGUGUUUGGGAACCGAGGUUUGACUGUAUUAAUAGUUAAUCUUCUGUCUCCAUUCUCUUUUGCUACUUACUCCCCCCUUCCCUAUCCAAUUCCUGUUGCCUGCUUAGAUUAUAGCUGUAGGUAUCUUUGAGGCAGGACACAUUUUGCUUUGAGGCAGGACACAUUUGCUAGCACACUGGCAGUUUGGGGUUAGUUUUCCCAGUUUUCCCAAAUGAUGUAGCUGAAUGGGGACAGCAAGCCUGUGUGUUGUUAUUUCUGCUCUUAUUCUUGGGUUUUCUUGAAAACCAUAGGUUGCUUAUCAGGGAGAUCCAGAAGGUGCCCUUAUCCAGUUUGCUACCCAUGAGGAGGCAAAGAAAGCUAUAUCGAGCACAGAAGCAGUAUUAAACAAUCGCUUCAUCAAAGUCUAUUGGCAUAGAGAAGGCAGUGCUCCACCAAUGUCAACUUCAGUACAGAAGGUAAAGGGGUAGAAGAAACCUGGUUUAAAUUUUGUUUAUUUUUUUUAAAUCCACGUAAAUAUACAUUAGUUUUCAUGCACAUACACAUUUAUGUAUGCUUGUGUUUAUUUAUGCAGAAACAUCCUACCCUUGAGGAGGCCUCAGGGGUAAUGUUGGAAGGUUAGCAGUGGUAACUCAUUUAAUAUCUGAUGUGCUACAAACACAAGAUAGCAGCCUGGCUCAGAUGUAAUUUAGUGGCUGCAUUUGCACCUAACUCCAAGCCAUGGUUUGUUCAACAACCCCGAGUAAUCUCACAGAUGAACAAAUGAGCCAUGGCUUGCUUGCUUUUCCACCUGCUUUUGCAUUGUUCCUUUGUAGCCUGGCAAGCACCUGGGGUAGAGUAGCUAACUAAACCAUGGUUAAGCAAGGCUGUUCAGGCAUAAUACCAAACCAUAGUUAAAACAAGCCAACAAAAAAUCAUGGCUUCACAUUAGGGCUUGUUGCUAGAAGACAAACCAUGAUUAGCCUACAGGACUGGGUUCAGUUCAAAUGUUCAAACAAGCCACACUAUUUAAACAAACAAUGGCUUAGCUUUAUGUUCCAAAGAGUCCAGUGUUUCAGAAAUUAGUCUGCAUGAACCUUAGGUUUGCAUGCUUCUCCUUCAUGAAAGGAGAAUAUUUUUCACCUUAUGCUUUAGAACUACACUUCCUAGUGACAUCUGAAUGAAGAAUUCUGAUUUAUUCCAACAGUGGUUAGUAAAAACAAACUGUCAGACUGUUUAGACUUUGAAGUAAUUCAUUUUUAGACUUAGAAUUUACUCUUGUACUGCAGCCUUGUAAACAAUUGCACUGAAAUAUAAAUGCUCCUACAAAAGUAUUUGAUGCUUAGCUUAGGAAAUUUCUUCAGCAAAUGAAUACUUCCAGUUUAGAAAGCAAUGGAAGAAUGAGAACAUCUGCAUUUAAACAUUUAAAAAUGGUAUUGGGGGUGAAAAGUUCAUUUUGAAAUGUUCAUGUGCUGCUAAAAAAAUCUGCUUUUCUUUUUAAGGUAAUGCAGCCUUUAGCUCAACAGCCCAUUUUACCUGUUGUGAAGCAGUCUGUCAAGGAACGAUUAGGUCCAGUACCUGCCAGUAACAUUGAGCCUGCUGAAGCUCAGAGUGCCAGUACAGAAGCUGUUCAGGUGGGUAUAAUAUUUGUUUUCCAAAAUAUUAAGAGAUUUGUAAAACUAAACUGAAAUUUUCUCUUUGAUAAAGGGUUCUAUUUAGCAGAAAUUGGUGGCCUUUAUAUAAUAAACAUACUGAAAUUUAUAGAUGGUUUCCCCCCCUAUUACAAACUACUGGUAAAGUAACCAUGUUUCAAUUUGUGGACCAGGUUAUAGGCUCUUUAAAAAACUCCCUUUCACAGCCCUAGACGAUAACUGACAUAAUACCCUUGUGAUACACUAUUUUGUCAAAGAUGAAAGAUCUGUCUUUUAUGCUGCAGGUUGGGUAAUAUUAAAAGUCUUGGUACAAAAUACAUAUCAUACCAAUAUUGGAAAAUGUCAGUUAUUUUACAAGCAAAACCUAUCCACUUAAGCAAAGUUCUUUAUGUGGAAAAAUAUGGGCAAAGCAAUUUUUAUUUUCUGUUUUUAUGGAAAUUGUAUUCACGUUUGUUAAAUGGGUUUGCAGUCUGUCUUCAUGCAAUUCUUGAUGUAUUAUCCAAACGAGAACUAAUACACAGCUUCAGCCUGGGUGUGGAAACCAUAUGACCCUUAGUUGGAGGAAAGGGGGUUGGUUCAUCGAUGCCCUGAUGCGUUUUCCUUCAUCCUAGCCUCUCCACAGCCCCUUUUGCAAGCUUUGUUGCUGCAUCUCAUUGGCCUGCUCUUCCCAAGCAUUUUGUAGCAUGGCUUCCAAACUGCUGACAUCUCUCUGCCAACCCUCAAGGUCCUGCAAAGCUACAGGGUCUUGUGAUAAUGCAGGAGGAUGUGUUGCCAUGGUGCUCUGACAACUUUUCACUACCUUGACCUCCUUGUUGCUGGGAUAGGCACCUGCCAUGCCAGCAGUGGAGCUCCUGAAUCCUACCACAUCCAGCAAAAGGUGGGGGGACAUAUUCUUACCUGUUGGCCGUGACUGCUAAAGUGGUGCUCCUUACUCUCGUAUACUGCAAGCACCUUUUCUUUCAACCUCCUGGAGGCUGAACUAGAUCCAUCUCUCCGGCCUACCUACCACCCAGGCCAGCCUUUCUAACUGAACUUAAAAGAAUAUUUGAAAAUGCAGAAGCUUAAGAGAAAUAAUGGCUUUGCUUAUAGCUUCAGUUAAAGUGAGAAAUGCCGUGUUUAGUUUAAAAACACAUGAUCACAAACUAUUUUUUUAAUUGUUUUUCCUAGAAUGUAACAAAACUGUCUGUGAAGGAAAGGCUGGGCUUUGUACCUAAACCACCUACUCCAACCACUGAAAAGGUAAGGAAAUAAUCGUGCCCUUGAACUGUCACAUAGCAAUAAUAUCACAUGCACACUUAGCAUAGGGGCUUCUAAUGUCCAUUAAACAUGUGAAUGCAAAAUGAUUGCAUGCUGCUGCUUCUUCCUCUCCUCCUCCUCCUCCUCCUCCUCCUUCUUCCACUGAAUAGAACUCUGUAGUGAAUUUAACACAACUAAACCUUGCUGACAAAGUUAAGAUGAAAUAAAGUUUUCAGUAUAUAUAGGCGUCUUCAUGAAACCUAAAUGGUUGCGGUUUGGGCAGGAGCUUGCAUGACAGGGUUGUUAUUUGUAAUACUAAACUGAGAUUGGGCCUGUGAAUGAAGAGUGGACAGAAUUAUGGUCCGUUGGAAAUGGUCUCUGAGAUCUGGUGACAGGCAUCCCUUACCGUGAUUCUACUUCUUUGGAGGUCUAGGAUAUUCAGUAAGAGUUGGAACUGCAUGGGUGAGCUGCCUUCUUCCUGAAAACUCUGAAUGUUCUUAGUGAGUGAGGGGUAGCUUCUGCUGAGUUCUGCUUUUUGCUUUCGGUGUUGCUUUUUCUGUUGCCUUACUGCUUGCCUAGUCUGCUUGGGUGCGUGACCUGCAUCCUGCAGGAUUGUGAUGCCGCUCCCUUCUAGAGCUCUUCUGUUCUGCUUGGUGAAAACUGCAUGAUAGAAAGGGGAAAGAGAGGUUGUCUGGAGUGGGUAGAGCAUCUUUGUCUACUGCUGCCUUUGGAUUGUGGACUUAGCUUCUUGCCUUUGCUGAAUCAAUAUACGUGAAAUGUGCUUCAGGAUCAUUUGACUUGGAGAAAAUUGCUCACGCUUAGUGCUAUAAGCUUUCUGAAAGCUAGUUGGAAGCCCUGUUAACAUCUUACUUGUAUGUUGGGCAUAAAAGCACAUAGAGCAAGGAGCAGGGCUACGCUUUUAGGCCUGCCCACAGCAUUGUGUGUUUUUCCUUCUCCCCACAAAUGUAGCACUAUGUGUGGUUGUAUUAACAGAGGGCCCAGCGUGCAGACUCUUGCUCACGAGUAGUGGCUCCACAUGAACAGGACACCCACAUGAUCAGGUGUUCUGAUUGAGUGCAUCAGGAACUCAACAUGUUGGGCUUUUUGUUCAUACAACAUUUGAUGGUUUUUGAGGAGUGGGGAAAGGCUCAGGUCAUGCUAAGAACACAGCCCAGCUGUUUAUUCUAAAUACUGCGCCUCCCUGCUGUCCCCGGAGCUUGCGGGGCAGGCAGCGGGGAGAAGCGCUCUCUCCCCGCCGCCCGCCUUGAUAUCAAGUCCGGGGACAGCGGGAAGACGCGCUGCGCCUCCCAGCUGUCCCCGGAGCUUGGGGCAGGCAGCGGGAGAAGCGCUCUUCCCCGCCGCCCGCCUUGAUAUCAGUCCGGGACAGCGGGAAGACGCGCUGCGCCUCCCAGCUGUCCCCGGAGCUUGGGGCAGGCAGCGGGGAGAAGCGCCUUCUCCCCGCCGCCCGCCUUGAUAUCAAGUCCGGGACAGCGGGAAGACGCGCUGCGCCUCCCAGCUGUCCCCGGAGCUUGGGGCAGGCAGUGGGGAGAAGCGCCUCUCCCCGCCGCCCGCCUUGAUAUCAAGUCCGGGGACAGCGGGAAGACGCGCUGCGCCUCCCUGCUGUCCCCGGAGCUUGGGGGCAGGCAGCGGGGAGAAGCGCUCUCUCCCCGCCGCCCGCCUUGAUAUCAAGUCCGGGGACUAUGCCUUGUAAGUUACGUGUGAAUAGGGUCAAUGUUGCAGAAAAGGGGGUGGGAAAGUAACCUAAAAUUGAGGUCUUGCAUGUUUGUGAGUGCUUAAAAUAGAUUUGGCAGCCUAGAAUUCAUUUCUAGUGACUGUUAAAGGAAUAUUUUGAAAAUGGUUUCCUUCUAUAGGUGUUAUCUAUUUCUAUUUUGACAUAGCUUCAAUAUACAUAUAAACAAACUGCUUGACUUGGUAGCAUUGCUUCUGUAUUUGAUGACGCGCAAUACAAAAUAAGACUGGUUCUGAUUUUUUUACUUGUGAAUCCUUUCGUUUGUGACACAGUGUGAGGCAAGAGAGUUAACACCUUUCCCCCCCUUAUUGUUUUUUUCCCCUGCGUGUGGGUUGGGUGACGAAUAAGAUCUGUGCUAAGUUUAUGGAGCAUAUUUCUGAGACUUGUUUCUUAGAUCGUAAUAUUCAGUACUGCAUAGCAAAACUCUCUUGAAGCCGAGAAAUGUUUAAAAGCAAUUUUGUAUGGCAGGGUGGCAAUCUGCCAUUCAAAGGGGAAAGUCAGCAAUCCCACUGGACAUCCUCAGACGUUAAGCAACAACCAUUUGGGGGUGAGCGGGUAGGGAUCAGCGGAGAAUCUGCUUCUAGGUUUUACUGUGCUAGGAACUUCUGAGAAGAACAUUAAUCUCUGUAUAGUUUGUGUUUUUCAAUGAAAGACUUUUUAGUGAUAUAGAAAUUCUUAGGUUUGCUAAGCAGAUAUCUCUCUUGGCUAUAGAGCUACUAUAUCCUAGGGUUCUGUAGUCAGUAGAGUACUUAUGUGUCUUGCUUGUAUACUUGGGUGUAAGUGAUCAACUUGUUCCACAGUGGGAAUGAAUCUCUCCCCAAGUCAAUUUUACUGAGUUGUUGUGUUUUAUCCUCCAAUACUGCAUAAUGCUUGGCUUGCAUGCAGCUUGGCUUGCUUGUUUAUUUGAGCUAUAUAUUUUUUAACCAACCAUAUUCCAUGUUGGAUAUAAUGCUUCUUUCUAGGAUGCUAGGGACAUACAAACAUCUCGGGCAAUUGCUGGCAGCUGGGAAUUGAUCUUAUUAGCUAUAUUCCGGCUGUGGAAUUCUAUGACUUUGUAACUACAUCACUUGCCAGCACUUAAAAUAUUCACCCCAAAAUAAGUGAAGAAAUGAGAACUCCCAUCUCUUCAUUAACUGUUUAUAUUGCAUCGUCUGAUUCAUAUAGAAACUGCCAGGCACAACUUUCGUGCUGAAACAGAGGCACAUGUUGAUAAAGCUCAAGUAGAUUGUUUUCUACAACAUAUGGAAAACAAUUCUGACCUUAGAGGCAGUCCUAGUCUGUCUUUAAAUUGACAUGAGUCUGUUUACUCCAUUUUUUAUGUUCAUGCCAUCUUUGCAAUCACAGCAACAAGCAUCUGUCUUGGAGUAAUAUACUUUGAAUCCUAUAUUUACGAAUUCUUUAUUUACUAGCAAAAUAAAAUGGUUUCCUUCUGUAGGUGUUGUCUACUUCUACUGGCUUGACAAAAACAGUGUAUAACCCAGCUGCUUUGAAAGCAGCGCAGAAAAUGUUGCCUGUUGUUAACAGUUCCAUGCUAGAUUCUAGUGAAGCACAGAAGAAAAAACAGGUAAAUUGAACUCUGCUUAUUUAUAAAACAGCAAUAAUUUAUUUAGAAAUUUGCAACAUCUAGAAUAUAGUUUGCCAUGAUUGCUUAUUCCUGAAGAAGCUGGAUACUGUGCCUUUGCCAGAAUCUCGUGUCAAGUUCUGAAAAUUAUUUCAAAAGUUGCAGUUUGAGAUAUUUUGUUGGUGCAACUUCUCAGUAAAGGCUAAACCUGAAUCUGCUUUCAUGGACACGUUUUAGGAAGAGGGGUAAUUUUCUCCUUGCUACCUAAGGCAGUGGGUUGUUAGAUGCUAUUUGAUUAUCUUACUUGGCUUCUAGGGUUGCAGAAGAUUUGUUACAUUGUACUCAGACCAAUUGUUAGAAUUUAGUUAUGUGAAUUAUUUUUCUAUUUCAUAAUAUUUAUAUACUGCUUGAAUGUAAGAAAAAACCCCAAAGCGAUUUACAAAAAGAUAAGACAGUUGUAAUUGCAGUUGUGCUUGUAGGUGAAGGAUGCCUUUCUUACAUCGGAUCAGGCCAGAUGCAGCCUAAAGCUUUCUGAUCAUCUAACAACGAUUAGAUUGAAGAUGCCCCCUUCUCUGUGUCUUCCCCUCUUUUUAACAGAUUCCCUUCCCUUCCAUUUUUCGAGCUAACUGUGCUGUAGUGUCCUGUCCUCACUAGUGUGCUUGCUAAAAAACGCUUAACUCCAAAUCAGUUGCAGCCAACAUUAGUGGUGGGUUUGUAAACUGAAGGUUGAGCAGUUCAUGGCUAGUGGAAAUUCAGGUGCAGAUUUAGUGCUAUAUCAGCAUUAUAAAGCAAAAUGGAAGGAGGAUUUAUGUGCCGAAGCAAAGGAGAAUGUAGGGGAAGUUACAUAGGAGUUACUCAUAUCUUGUGACUUUCAUUAGACUUGGUUUGGUGCCUAACUUCUGGUAUUCAGUGCCUACAUAGAAAUAAUACCAUCAUGAAUUACGUCUGGCCUGCUUAAUCCCUGUACUGUGGACAAAAGAACACAAACAAUGACCUCUACACGAUAAAGCACAAUGAGCUAUUGAAUAUCUUACACUCAAAAGCAUGAAAGAAACAUCUUCAGUACCAAUUACUGAAAUGCCCUUAGCUCCAAGUAGCAGUUUAAUCUUGUGUUGAUCUUAAGGACAGAACUGUGUUUCAUGUUACAUUUUACAGUAGUAUGUAUUUUCUGCUUCUGUUCUUCCUGCAUACCUUUCUGAGUCGUCACUUUUUUCACAACAUAGUGGACCAGUUUUCUUCUUACCUUUUUUACCAAUGCACUUCAUCUUUGGGUGUAUUCAUCUCCCUUUUCUAGAGUUAAAUAAUCCUGAGCAAUCUGCCUUGAGCUGCUGCUUCUCUUCUCAACAUCUUACAUUUUCUCAUUAUCCUUGGAGAGGAGACUUCUUUCUUUUUUCACUUGAUGUGGACAAGCGUAAAAUGUUUUAUCGGCAUUUUCCUUUCAGGGCUGUAAGUUUCCAACAUCAGAUUUGCAGUAUUCUGCACAGUAUUUCGCUGAAGAAACCCUAGUAUAAAAACAUAAUAUUGUGCACAUUCAUUUUCAGAAUGUCAAACCAUUUUUCAUUAGUUGAAAUUUUUUUAUCAGUGUAUAGUUAGGGGAAGGUGAUUAGUAUUUGAACUUUGCUAUGGGCAUGAGAAUUUAUUUGAAUGCUGGGGUAGGUGAUAAGAUCUUCAGAACAGGGAUGCAGGUGGUAAAAUUUAUCAGGAGAUGCAAACUCUGGUAUUAUAUAUAUAUAUGUAACACCUAAUAGUAGAAAUCAUUUGACAUUCUGCAUACUUCAUUUUGCCGUAAGAUAAAUAAACUUGGUAAAUUUACUUCCUAAUGUCCCAAGAUUAGCAACACAUCUAUGUUAUCUAAGUAAAUCAGACAGUUCACCAAUUGAAACUCUUGCAUUAUCCACUUUAGUCUCCAAACGUAACAAUUUGGAAUCAUUUAUUGACCUUUGCAUUUCUCUGUAUGCUCUGGAUUAUUUGGGGAAAGGCCUUGAGUGAUAUUCAGCUAAGUUUUACUUAGAGUAGACCUCUUGGAAUUAAUAGCGCUUAGUCAUGUUCAUUAAUUUAAAUGGGUCUACUCUGAAUAAGUUGAAUAGCAUCCCUUCAGUUUGGUGCCCAACUUUGGUUAAGAGAUACCACAUAGAGCUAAUAUGCGCAAUAUAUCUGAAACAUUGACACCUAAUUCUAAUGUUUUAGAAUUUCUAUGCAUAUGUUCUAAUAAAAAGGGGUGAGAUCCAUAGUUACCUGCUUUCAGAAACAAGUUUGAUUUCUUACAAAUCUGGUAUUCCUAUUAACCACUUUAGAAAGUUGUCAUGAUAAAAGAGUUUCUUUCACUUCUCUUGCAAGCUCAGAUUUGUUUCAGCUACUACAGAAAAAUCAAUAAAAUAAAAUCCAUUUGAUCAAAUAUUUUAGAAGGGUUCUCUUAUUGCAUCACAUUUUCUUCGAUUGUAAAUCAGACAUGAAUGGGAUUCACCUCCAUUUGAAAACGACUGGAUUACUCAGUAUCUGUAGUCCCAUUAAUGUAGCAGUUCUGCAGGCUGGUUUCUUCAUUUGCAGAGACCAAAUAUGCAGAUUUCUUUCUCAGAGGCCAUUGAUUCAGAAUAACCCAGAUUUGUGUCACAUCUUUUUGUAUUUAAACAUUGGGAAAAGCAAUUCCUCUAAUUUCCUUGCAUAUUAAUCAUAUUUGUCACCAGAAAUUGAGUUUCUGGGUAUCUUGCUCUGAAAGUCACAAUGCAGGUGGUUCAGUGCUUUAAGAAAUUGUUCUUGAGGAGGACAAGCUGGUUUUGGAAUAGCAAAAUAGGCUACAUAGAGUUACAGCGAUUUCCUUAAUUUAGAGUCUUACAUGCUUUGUGACAAAUUUUCUCUGUUAAACUGUUUUGAAUUUCACUUUUGUGCAAGUUAUGAAACUGAAGUAUAUGACUGUCAUUACUGUGUCUUGCCUCAAAAUGGAAAACUUUCUGCUAUUUUUUUUUUAAAAAAAAACAAACUUCAUUUGCAAUUCCUUAUUCAAAGAGUCAUGGAAAGUUCAAACAGAAAGGAAACAAGGAAUUCAGAAUCAUUUACUGAAGCAGUCCUAAGAAUGCAUUCCAGAUUUAAUGAAUUGCAUUUCCUUGCUAUGUGUAUCUAUUUUUCUGUAGGCUCUUAAUUCAUAUUAGUUGGAAAUCCAAUAUAUUUUCAAUAUUUUUGUUAAUUUAGCUACUAGAAAGGUGCAAUUUAGCCAUAAAAGUUACGCAUCCUCCAGAUCCCUAACUUUAAAAAUGCUCCAACAAAUCCUGUAAACAGCACAGAAUUCGUAAUCUUGGAAUUCCAGAGUGGCACCUGUGACAAAAAAUAAUGCACAAAAAGCUCUAAAUAUAUAAAUGGUGCAAUGGUGCAGCAUCCCCAUAGCAAAGUGUGGAACCUUGCACUUCUUAAUCCUGAAUAUGGUAAGGGAGUGUACAAGUGUCCAGAGGAGCAGAUAUAACACAAGCAUUUGGUCCAAAAAUAUCGGUUGUCAAACGAUGUAACUGCAUAUACUGCUGUUCUGUGUCAAUUAUAAAUAUAGGAAGAGAUGCUAUCACAUAACCAUUCAAGGCGAGAUUCCAUGUAUUGUUAGCUCAAGAUGUUUGAGAACUGACAUUGUGCAAGUGGUAGCAUACAGAGUUUAAUAAUAGUAGCUGCAUUAGGGGCUGAAUAUGAUCUUUCACAAAUGCAACAUGCCCAUUGGAUUCUGCUGUUGUGCUACACUAAGACAUAGGCACGAGUUAGCAGUAUGGCUGCCAUUAUUGGAGAUCACCUUCAGCAUGUUCAUGCUCAGUCACAUCAGUUCUUUCCACAUUAUUGGUUUAUUCUAAUAGGACGGAAUAUAUGGGUAAAAUGGGUGGAAUUGUGUAGUUACUCAUCAGCUUAUGUUUAACAGUGGGUGAUAAUAAUUGUGUUUUUAUGCUUCCAGGAGGCACUAAGACUUCAGCAAGAUGUGAGAAAGAAAAAGCAAGAGAUUUUAGAAAAGCACAUUGAAACACAAAAGGUAAAUGUAUACAUUUAUGCAAUUGGACUACUGUUGAAUAAUGUUAAUAAUCAUUGAUGUAUUGUAAGAUAGUGCUACUCAAAGUGGUGAUCCAUGGACUGAUGUUGGUCCACAAGCCAUCAGUUGCUGGUCCAUGACCCCAUCACAGCCCAGGUUGAGUAAGAUGCUUCAGGAACCAAAUAUUGGCCUAUUGUGGGUGGGUUCUUGAUCCACCACAGCAACAUAGUUUGAGAAGCAAUGUUGUAAGAUACAGUUCUCACUACAUCACCGUGAAAUCCUGUGAUGUAAAGGUUACUAAGCGGUGAUUCAGGUGAAACACAAAUCUUACUUAUCAUUCCAGGGCUCAUAGGGAUCCCACUAAAAUUAAUGAAUCUGGGGCGGUGUGAGCUUGUGCACACCCAGAUGAAACUUUGCAAGUAAAACAGAAAGUGGUGAUGGAAUUAAUGGGGUGGAAGCCUCUUCCUCCGUAUCCUAGGUAUUAGUCUGUGUUAUUUGAGUGGAAUUCUGCUUGGGUCGCCAACCAAAAAUCCACUCUGGAAGGUCCAAACUGUGUGAGAUGAUGCCACAGGGCUGAAGGGAGAACUAGUGAAGAAUUGCCCUCCCACUUUCAUUCAUGGAAGCCCCUGUGGAAGGUAAAACACUCCUUCCAAGAACAAAAUAACUCCUUCCGUGGACAGAACCUUUUGGAUCUGGCUCAUGGAAAAAUAAUUCCAGAUUCUCAGCGGAAGCAAUCCAUGCUAUUCACAGCUGGUGUUACUACCAAGCUAGUACUACUUUAAGAAUAUGGGUUUUAACAGCAUAAAAAAUCUUCCCAAGUCAAGUUGUGGAGAGCUUCUACAAAUUCAGUUCAAAUCUGCCAAACGCCGCCAAGCUUUUCCACAAGUUGUCCUAGCCGUUCUUUCCCAGCUCUUCACAGAGGAGAGCACAGUUUACAAAUUUUGUAGAAGAGUUACAAGAAUGACUAGUGGUAUUCUGUAUUGGAGAGUUCUCAAUGCAUCUUUCUAAGCGCACUAAGUUUGGUGUCAAGGCUGUAGUUCCUACAUCAGAAUUUAAGGGUUGCCUAAUUCCUCUCUCAAGUUGGAGCUGUUUUCCAUGGAUGUUGGUGCCAUUUUGGAUAUUUGGCAGGUUUCCUUAUGUAUGGAUAAUUAUUUUUUUUAAAAAAACUUGUGUCUUCAUAAAUGUGUGCGAUGGUGGGGAGCUUAGAUAAACAUCCUUCGAAGAUGAAAAAUAACCCACGCGUAAAGGAUUCCUGUUAGUAAUAUGUGUAAUUUCAAUAGAUGCUGAUUUCAAAACUGGAGAAGAAUAAAACGAUGAAAUCGGAGGACAAAGCUGAAAUCAUGAAAACUCUGGAGACCUUGACUAACAGCAUUACCAAGUUAAAGGAUGAAUUGAAAGGGGUCUCAACUCCAGCAAGCACUCCCCUGAAAAACAUGAAAACAAAAACACAGGUAUCUGUAUUUUGUCAUCAUUGGAUGCUUUUAAUCUUUCUUUUCUUUAAAUCAUUUUCUUUUGAUGUAUAAGUUUGCUGCAGAAAGCUGGGAGCGGAUACAUUGAUCACAUUUGUGUUUUGCUUGUCCUCCAAGAUAACAUAUAUAGGAAUCUCUCUUUCCCACCACCACAAUCCCAUGAAAUAGAUUAGACUGAGAAGUAGUGACUUGUUUAAAGCCACCAAGUGACCUUUAUGGCCGACUAGAAGUUUGAAUCCAUUCACCUGUCACUGGUGGAUCAUUACAACACACCAGAGUUAUGCUAAAUCCUAAGGUGUGGGAGGGGAGGAGACAAUUUUUGAAAUUUGAGAAAAUAAAACUGCAUUACCCUCCUGGAUUUAUACCCCGUUAAAAAAAGAAGUAGGCCCUUAUGCUAACCUAACAACCAUCCUUCCCAUAGAUGUCAGCUACAGUUUCUUUUGAAGAUGUUCCCCCUGAAACUUGAAACAUUGUAAUGCUCUAUUGGAGUCUGGCUAUUUACUGCCACAUUUUCUGCACGAGUUAAGAAAUGCAUACUAAAUUGCUUAGUAUCCCUUAGAUGCAAAAAGAACUACUGGACACUGAGUUGGACUUGUAUAAGAAGAUGCAGGCAGGCGAAGAAGUCACUGAACUAAGACGAAAGUACACAGAACUGCAGCUUGAAGUAAGUUUAUUUCAUUUUUGAUGGUCAACACGGCACUAUUCCACAUGUAUCCCCCCUCUCAGUGAAUUUGUGUAACAGUUAGGAAAAACAUAGAUUCUUACAACAUAUGACAACGUCAUAGGCAUAAAAUAAAAUAUCCCACCCUAACCCAGAAGAUGAAGUUUAUGUAAUAUAUCGAAAACAGCAUCCAAAUAACUUAACUUUGGUAGCUGCAUGCAUUUUCAAAAUGUUCCCCUAGGUGGUGCUGUUGGUGUUUAGAACUGGUAAGCAGUUACUAAAAUGUCUGUCAUGUUAUAUAUACAUAUAUAUAUAUAUAUAUAUAGUUAUAUAUAUAGUUAUAUAUCUAUAUAUAUAUAUAGCUGUCAUGUUAAAUAUAUAUAUAUAUAUAUAUAUAUAUAUAUAUAUAUAUAUAUAUAUAUAUCUGUCAUGUUGUCGCCAAGAAUACGGAAAUCAGGAACAUAGUAUUUCCUAAAUGGGGCAGACAUGAAUUUGGCCCAGGACAAAACAGACUGACCACUACCACAUAUUAGAGAGAUAAGAAAAUGAAUGGGUGGAUGUAGGCAUCUGGAAUGAUCAAAUGUCUUUGGGAGUCCUAGAAUCUGCGCCUGAGUAUGAAAGUUGUUGCAUGUAAUUGCUCUGGGUUGUGUUUCAAGAGGUUUGCUAUUCAAGGUGACUUGGGGUGGUGUUGCAAAGGGAAUAAGCUGUCAAUUGGCAAGUCUGGCUCAGAUCUUACCUCUGCCAUAAAUUCCUGAGGUAGCACUAGACUUGCGUUUCCCAAACUUGGGUCUCCAGCUAUUUUUGGACUACAACUCCCGCCAUCCCUAGCUAGCAAGACCAGUGAUCAGGGAUGAAGGGAACUGCAGUCUGAAAACAGUUUGGGAAACACUGCAAUUAGACAAUCUCCCCAAGUCCCCAUUUACAAUGUGGAAAUAAUAAUACAGGUAUAUCAUCGAGAUGUUUUAAGGUUUACAGUAGCAUAAUUACAGACCCUCGUACCUACGGGACCGCCUCUCCUGGUAUGUCCCACAGAGGAACUUACGGUCUUCAAACAAAAACAUCUUGAAGGUCCCAGGCCACAGAGAGGUUAGGCUGGCCUCAACUAGAGCCAGGGCUUUUUCGGCUGUGGCUCCGAUCUGGUGGAAUGCUCUGUCAAAAGAGACUAGGGCCCUGCAGGACUUGACAUCUUUCCGCAGGGCCUGCAAGACAGAGCUGUUCCACCAGGCCUUUGGCCAGGGCACAGCCUGACUCCCUCCUUUGGCAAUCUUCACAGAACUCUAGUCCAAUGGUUGCCAUCAAUUUGAUUUGAAUUAAUUUUAUAAUGAAAUUAUUUUCGAAUGUUGUAUUAUUUUAUUGUUGUUAGCUGCCCUGAGCCCGGCUUCGGCUGGGGAGGGCGGGAUAUAAAUAAAAUUUAUUAUUAUUAUUAUAACACAUAUGUAUUAGUUUGGCUUGUAUUAGAUGUUGUUGUUAUUUCAUGUUAGGCUGCGAAACGAGGAAUUUUGUCCUCUGGUCGUGGGAGAGGAAUUCAUACACGAGGUCGUGGUGCGUCUCGCGGCAGAGGCAGGGGAGGACGAGGCCGGGGUCGGGGGAGAGGAGUACCUAUCCAUGCCGUGGUGGAUCAUCGUCCAAGGGCACUUGAAAUCUCUGCUUUUACAGAGAACGACCGAGAAGAUCUCCUCCCACAUUUUGCGGUAUGUACCCGCCCCACUGCCUUCCUGAUCUCAGUGUGAUAAUAUGUCUUGGAAACCUAACAUUCUGUUGCAAUGUGAUCAGUGAAAAUCAGCAAAGUGUUGUAAAUCAAAUAUGCAUCUCUAACUUCCGGAGGAAGGCCUUAGGCUAGGCGGGCACCAUAAUAAUGUUCUGUCAAGUAUGUGAAAUUAAGUGCAAUGGACAGGGAUGACUGGUUCUUAUAGUCAAGACUGCAGGUUUGUUUUGAUGCCAGUGUGGUGUAGUGGUUAAGAGCGGUAGUCUCGUAAUCUGGGGAACCGGGUUUGAGUCUCCGCUCCUCCACAUGCAGCUGCUGGGUGACCUUGGGCCAGUCACACUUCUUUGAAGUCUCUCAGCCCCACUCACCUCACAGAGUGUUUGUUGUGGGGGAGGAAGGGAAAGGAGAAUGUUAGCCGCUUUGAGACUCCUUAAAGGGAGUGAAAGGCGGGAUAUCAAAUCCAAACUCUUCUUCUUCUUCUAAGUUGUCCGUCCGUGCUGGUAAAUAGUCAUUCAGAGAGAAGACAAAUGGGCACCUGUCACACAUGUUGGCUUUUCUGCACAGAAAUUAUCUCAAGAGUGUGCUGUUGCAUAAUUUGAAGUAUGUUGCAACUGUUUGUUUCUACUGUGAAUAAAUUAACUAGAAAGGCAACAGCCAUUCACUGACCUGUGUAAAACACUCGAUGCCUAUGUUUUUUUCUACAUGGAGUUUAUUUCACAAACUCAUGUGAAGCUACCCUUAGCAGAACUAAGAACUGAAAACAGCUCUCUUGAUCCAAAGUCAAAAGCAAGCAAAGUUUCAGGUCAAAUCUCAAGUACAUCCAACAUCAUAAAUUCUUGGGCUACUCUUUGGAAUAAUAAAACUUAUCAUUAGUGACCUAUUUAUAAAUCAAAUAUCCGUUUUCCUUGAUAUUUAAAUUUGCUUAAGUUUCAUUUUUCAGUUUCCUUUUCUUCCAUUUUUUAAAAUUUUUGGGGAUGGUUUAUUUUACAACUAUCUUAGAAGAUUUGGGACCAUUAGGUUGCGUUAUCAAUCCAGAACUGUUAACAGCCCUUGCAUGUUAUGCAUCAAGGAGAGAUUAUUUCAGUAAGGUGACAAUUUUCCUCCUCUUAAAAAGCAAUAUGGUGAAAUUGAAGACUGCCAGAUAGAUGACUCGUCUCUCCAUGCAGUGAUUACUUUCAAGACGAGAGCAGAAGCUGAGGCAGUAAGUAUAUCCUCCUUUUUUUGUUUUCAUGUUAGGCGGUAAGGUUGAGUUUAACUGCAUCUAACUAUUGUACAGAGCUUCUGUGUUCCACCCCUUCCUAUUACCUGUAAUACAUGUAUCGUGUAUUAACAUACACUUUGUCUGGCUUCAGUUAUUUAAUUAAAUAAUGAAGACCAAACCACCGAAAUGAAGUGAGUGUGUACAGAGGCUUUGCUCUCAUUUUCCCGUCUCAAUCGAAGAUGUUGGAGGACGAAGGACUGCGGGUGUGUGUGUGUGCAUUUCCUAUAAUGAAGUGUAUCUGGCAAUGUAACCUUAAGCACUUUGGAUUGGUUUCAGCUAAGGAGUCCCAUUAAUGGAAGGAUUUCUGCUGGUGUUGCAGGGAUCUUCCCUCUCCACCCCACCCCGGGCUACCACACAGACAACCGAUUGGCUCUGGGAGCGUUGAGAGAACCUCCACAAGCAGAAUGUGGAGAGGGGGGUUCGUUCCAAGCAUCAUAUGAAAAUGCUUGUGUCUAGGGCUUGGAUAGGCAAACUAAGGCCCGGGGGCCGGAUCCGGCCCAGUCGCCUUCUCAAUCCGGCCCGCGGGAAGUCCAGGAAUCAGCGUGUUUUUACAAGAGUAGAAUGUGUCCUUUUAUUUAAAAUGCAUCUCUGGGUUAUUUGUGGGGCAUAGGAAUUCGCUCAUUCCCCCCCCCUCCAAUAUCGUCCGGCUCCUCACAAGGUCUGAGGGACAGUGGACUGGCCCCCUGAUGAAAAAAUUUGCUGACCCCUGGUCUAGGGAAUGAUUGCCACAGUGCUACAUUGAAUUCUUCCCUUCAUGGUUGUGUGUGUGUAAAAUGCAGUUUGAAACGCUGACCUCUCUUCUAUUUAUCAGCUUUUGUCAUAUUGGCGUUUUCUUUGGCUGUAGUUCUCUUUCUCAGCUUUUAGUUGAAGAAUCAAGAGAAAAUGUACUUUAUCAAAGCUAGAAAGAGCUACGGCCUAAAUUCCUUGUAACACGUUUGUUUUCCAUGCUUGUGAGCACAGGGAUCGUCAACUAGGAUUCUCUUUAACAUCUUGCAGCUUCUAGCAGUAUUUCAUCACUAAAUGGCGAAGCAAAGUUUUGUGCAAAAUUACAGUGGUACCUCGCAAGACGAAUGCCUCGCAAGACAAAAAACUCGCUAGACGAAAGGGUUUUUUGAGCUGCUUCACAAGACGAUUUUCGCUAUGGGCUUGCUUCGCAAGAUGGAAACGUCUUGCAAGUUUGUUUCCUUUUUCUUAACACCGUUAAUACAGUUGCGACUUGACUUCGAGGAGCAACUCAUAGAACGCAGUGUGGUAGCCUUUUUUGAGAUUUUUAAAGACUUUGGUAAUUUUUGAAGCUUUUCCAAAACUUUCCCGACACCGUGCUUCGCAAGAUGAAAAAAAUCGCAAGACGACAAAACUCGCAGAACGAAUUAAUUUCGUCUUGCGAGGCACCACUGUACUUUGGAAAGAUUAAGGCCCCAAAGAUGCUCUCCAAAACCCUGAGUGGCUGAAGAGGGGUCCUUUGUGACAUUGCGAAUGGAACAACAGAUUUGUGUUUUCUCUAAAACUUUCAAUCUGAUUGUGUUAUGGAUAUGAAUAUUUUCUCGAAUACAAGAAGAGGAACUUGAUUAGCUGUAAAACUAACAAAAAAAAGUUCAUAGUGUAUAAAUCAAAUAUCUGCAAGUUAAGUUUCUACUUGUUAGCAAAUCAAAUAUAUUAUAAAUAAUAAUUGGUAGUAGAAGUUAAUCUUCAAAGUAGUUAUAGCUUUCUUUGAAGGAAUGGUAGCUAAUAUUUUACUGUCUUGAAUGAAAGAGGUUUAAGUUUUAUGGCUGUGUGCAUUUGAGCUUGGAAGGGUGAGGAUUCCCUAGUCGUAAAAUGUUGCAUUUUUAUGUUGCAGUAAUUUCUUUCAAAGAUUACAAGUUGUUUCUGAACCCAAAUGUCAUAUAUAAGUAUUCUUUAAAAAUUCCAGUUUGUGACAUUGUGAUGAGACCAUGGACAAAAAACCCACUCCUGUGGUGCAUUUUAAUAGGCAUGGAAUCUUUUAAAAUUGAUCAUAAAUUUAUAUGUACAGAUUUAAAAUUUAUACCUGGGGACCUUAAUAUCACACAAUUCAUGUUCAGAUGUCAUGAAACAUGUAAUUGUUUCCACAUUUCACAUUAUGCUGUACUUUCAGAUUGUACUAUAAAUCUUUUGUGACUGUGGCAGUUAUUUCGGAAUGUUGCUAACACUGAUUUAUGCUAGUUCAUGUUACUUUAAUUUGAACAUACUAUUUCCAAAGCAGCCACUUAAUGCAGCUGGUACUUAAGAAGGCAUGAAUAUCCCAUAGGUUAAUUUUUUUAUUUUUUACAUUUCAAUUACCAAGCCUUUAAAGAAAAUGGAAUGCUUUUCGGCAGAAUAAGUUAUAUUCUUUAAGUUUAUUUUUUUAAAAAACCAACUCAGUUUUAUUUUCAGGAUGCCCCGUUUUGGGCAGUAGUAAUAAUGUAUGAAGAUUAAAAAGUAUCAAUAUUUCAAAUGUAAAACACCAAUGAGGAGAUUGUUCAGUAACAGUUGGUUUCUCUGAACAGCAUGCUACCUGCAUGUUGAAAUAAUUCAGGACUUUAAAAAAAAUCAUUUUUCUUCAUUGCCUUGUGUAUGUGUAGACACCAAAAGAAAUCUGGAAAGGCUUGCAUGCACGUUUACCUUUGAAAUAGUAAUCUGCAAUAGAAUACUAAGACUACAGUAUACCUUAUAUACUGCACACCUGCAUUGAAACCUAGGCUUAAAAUUUGCCAAAGGACUUGGGGAUGCCCACUGGGGUGUUGAUUUGUUCUCUAAACAACCCCCCCCCCAAAAAAAAACCCACCUCCCAAUGCUAUAUCAUAACCUGCUUUUGUUAAUACACACAUUUUCCAAAGUGAUUUGUCAUGUGGCAUAGUGAAUACUGUCCUAAAAACAAAAGUCCUGAGAGUUGGGACAAUUACUUCAGUUGCAGCCUAGUUACGCAGAGGUGCAUGCAGUUUAUUCUGGUAUUUGUUGCCAUUCAACCAUUUCCCCCCAGAGGACAUGUUUCGUUAUAAAGAGAAUAUUGCUGUUCUCUUUAGGCUGCUAUCCAUGGAUCUCGCUUCAAAGGGCAAGACCUGAAGUUGGCCUGGAACAAGCCAGUCGCAAAUAUCUCAACGAUGGAAACGGAGGAGACUGAACCAGAUGAAGAAGAAGUAAGUUUGCGUCUCCUCCUCCUUGACAAACGGACGAAGGAAUAGAAAACUUGUUGCUGUUUAAUAAAGAUAGCUUUUGCGGAUUCAUAACAGCUCUGGUGAUUUUGUAACACUAAUACCACUUGUUUUCUCUGGGGGAACGUGUGUCUUUUUGGUAACAGAAAUAUUAGCAGAAAACUUGAAAACAAUUAUUGAAAAGAGGAUGUCAAUAUAAAGCUCUUAGGGAUAGUAUGCAACCAGAUCAUACUCAGUUGACCCACUGAAGAAAGGCAAUUUAUUUCAUAUUAGUAAAAUGUAAAAUAAUAUAUUAAUAAGUGUCCAUUAUUUCAGUGAGUCUGCUAGGAAUAAGACUUGAUCAGAUACCAUCCAUAGAUUAUGAUUCAAAAGUUGAGUGGGUAGUUCAUAUACACACUUUCGUCUUAAUAGCCCUACAAUUUCCAUGUAUUGCGCAUUGGAGCAACUUUUAUAUAUUUAGUACAUUUUGUUUACUGUUCCCCCUUUCAAGUAGUUUAGGGGUCAUGUUAUCGUAUUUAUCCUUACACCAGCUUUGUGAGAGAGAGUGAGUUGCCAAUAGCUAUCCAGAUUGCUUUGUGGCUAAGCAGAAAUUUAAAACUGAGACUUCCGGUUCUAUCUACAGCAUCAAACUAGUGCAUUCAAAAUAGCAUGCUCAGAUAAUAAUUUUCAUGCAGAACUAUUGCAAGUGGUUGAUAUUCAGAUCUUACUUGGUGUAUAUGCUGAAUGUAAAAAUACUGCAAACUCUCUUGCUAUCUUCUUGUGAUGCAAUUGGGAGUCCUUAAUUUUCUCUGAAUUUGUGUACUUUGCAUUUGUAAUAGUUUUGGCACAGCACACACCUAUAUUUUCCCUUCCCCCCCCCCUUUUACUAGCUUAUAGUCUUAAUAUACAUUCUGUUACUUAAGUCAUGUUUUCUGUCCUGUAUGCAUUGGCCUUUUUCUGAUUUACUUAACCAGGUUAUAUUAAUUUACGUUCUCUUCCACUAUUACAGAACCCCUCUUUUCUUCAAUAAAUUCCCAUACAUAAUGGAUUUCCAAUCAAAGUUCCCUCAAGCAUUUUGUAUUUCUUAAAUGUCAGCUUUUCCUAAGAUAGAAUUUCACGAGUGCUUCUAGCACAGACACCAAGGAGUAUUGAAAUAGAAUAUUUGUAAUCACCAGGUCCUGGAUGUAUCAGCUGUAGAGUAAAUUAUGAGUGAGAACCUACAUUGCUUUCACUAUAAAUUUUGUCAGAGUUGCUGUUCCAAUGUCAGGAUAUUUUCUGUUAUUUAUGGGUUUUGGCUCUGACCUUUGCGUAAGCACCUCCUAGAAAAUGCAUACUCCAUUUAUGAAAAAUUAGUUUCAUAACUUCUCACUGGAAUGGAUUAUCUCUCGUUCUGAACUAGUAGUAUGUGUUCAUUGCAAAAAUAUUGUAUUUAUUUAAAUAAAUAAAUAAUAAGUAAUUAUCUAUAUUCAAUAAAUAAUUAGAGGAGAAUUUUGGCUCAAUAGUGGAUAGACCCUUACUUGGGUUCAGCCCUAUCCAAAAUUCUCAGGAUGAAAGUAUAAUAUAUGUGCAUUACUAGAUAUCAAGGUUUGUUUAGGGCUUACAUCUUGUAGAUUGUUUGGAGGGAAAGAAACCACAAGUCCAGGGUUGGCUAUAAUGACUAGCCAAACCAUGGUUUGUUUCCCAGCAGUACAGCAGCAGCAGGAAGGAGGAAGGGGUCUGGGGGAGUGUUUUAGCUUAUGAUUUCAGCACAUGUACCAGGGCAAUGCAUGUUUACAUUAAAAAGUUUAUUUUAACGAUGUUUUAAUGUGGCAUGCAAACCAAAACUGAAUAUGCAUCUGCUGUCUUGUCGAGUGUUCAGAGCACAGGACUUCAACCCUGGUGAGCCCUGUGUGGGCUGGUCCAAAAUAACAAGAGCGACUGGUUUGGAUGUAAAAUAAAUGAGCAAAUGACUCAUGCUCUCCCCUCUAGUCCUCUGGUGCAGUUACAACCAAGAGAUUGGAAAUUUUCUUUUCCAUUUGUAGCUAGCCAUGGUUUGCUGUUACAUGCACACUGACGUGUGGUUAAACGGUGGUUUGCCAAAACUAGCCAGGAACAUAAAUCACAUUUUGGAAGUUGGCUUGUCCAGACAAGACCUACAACCGUUAUCCAUACCUCAUGUCACUUACAGAAUAAAUCAAUGAUGUUUAGAAUUUAUUAGAUAGCUUUUCAAAGCAUUAUACAGUUUGCAGCAGCAUAACGGCUUAACAUAAAUAAAUGAAUCCCAGCAUGAGAUGUAUAUCUCAUGAUCUGUAGAAUUUCCUACCAUUUGUUAAUCUUCAUAAACAACACUUGGCAUGGAAGAUGCUAACAUUCUGAUUGUGUUUUUCCCAUUCUUUCAAACUGCAGAAGUAAUUUGCAUAGUCCUAAAAGGUGCCUGAAUGCCACACACCACCCCUUUUCGUUAGGGAAUUUCAUAUCUUCAGUGCUUCCGGCAUGGUCUUACGAAACAUUUCUUUUUCAGUUUCAGGAAGAAUCCCUGGUAGAUGACUCAUUGCUUCAAGAUGAUGAUGAAGAAGACGACGACAAUGAAUCUCGUUCUUGGAGAAGAUGAUUCAGCGGAUUGCUGAGAAUGCUAGAACUGUUCCUGUGUUGCAUUAGCAUUUUCUAAUGUACUUUUGCAUAUUUGUACUUCGAGGAGUUUGGGUGAAAGUGGUGAAUUUGGAUUUCAGAUAAGACUCAAGCAGCUGAUUGGUCCCGUCUUUUGAGUGAUUGAUGUUCGAGUUGCAUUUACAUUUCGGUAAAUGAUUGCUAAAGACAUCAUAUUAGGAACAUAUGCAAUGUUUUUAUUACUCCUACAGAAACAUUAUGGAAUUCUUUGGGUUCUUUGUAAUUUAAAGAAUUGGUCACACAACAAGAUGACCAAGAGUUGUUAUAACAUAGAUUUUUGUUUUGUUUUGUUUUAUUCCAAGUAUGGAAUGGAAAUUUGCAUUUAAGAUCUUUGUGAAUGUUUUCAGAAAUAAUAAUAGAUAACAUUACUAAACUGAAGUCUCUAAAGUUACGUAUUCAUAAUAUUGCAUAGUAGUAUACUUAGGCUUUACUAUGUACUAGCCUUUUGUUGGAUUUGUGUACGUAUUUUACGUAUGAGUUUUAAUGAUACAGUGUAUGACUGCUUUGCAUAUAUCUCCUUAUCACUUUAAGAUGUUUAAAAAAAUAAAGAGAUGGAAUGGUCUUGGGGAAAAAAGAAAAAAAAAGCAAUAAUGACAUUAUACUACGGCCCAUGAUAACAAAGAAAAAAAAUUGAAAAAAAAGAGAGACCAUUCCAUGUGGCGACCCCCACCCCCCCAUAUUCACGAAAAGAGCUGAAUCACUAUCACUAUUUCAACCUUAUAAAUGAUAAAACAAUUUGGCCUUGAAGCCAAAUGCUGAAAAUGCUUUUAUGCACAAUUUAAAUUACCAGCUGGCUACCUAACUUCAGAACCAGGCUUUCAAAGGGAGUUCUUGCUUCAAGAAUGGUAUGGCCGCACUCACAUUUGAGAAAGCAAGAGGGCUUGUUUUUCUUGUGUGGCAGAAGCUCACGUUUAAAGAAAUGCAGCAAAGUGACUUGACCGGUAGGUAUUAAAUUUUAUUUAUUCUUCGUUAAGCUCUCAAUAUUGCACACAGAAUAAAAAUCGAGGUUAUCAAAAUGGGUUAUGCUCUAAUAGACAAGGCAUAAGGGACAACGGGAGAGAAAAACAAGAACAUUCAGAAAUCUGAUCCAAUCACUUUACAAAUGAUAGGGCACACUGGUCUCUGAUAGGUUCUUUCCUGGGAGGGAGGAACCCAGAAGUAGCCAGACCAGUCAUGCCUCCUUGCCCCUGCCAUCUACCCUAUAGAUACAAUUUUGCACCAGAUUAUAAUGUGUCUAUUUUGCCUUUACAGCUUUGGGCAUCCAUUAUUCUCCAGUGUUAAGUAUUAUUUUUUAAAACCCUCCCCUUCUAUUUACAGCAGGCCUAUUCUCCUUCAUCACUCCACGAGGCCUCUUCCUAGGUUGUUCUGACUACCAUCAGCUUUAAAUUACUCAAUUUUAAAUCCAUUAAGCCAGUUAAAUAUUGAAUUGAUUGCUGUUAUAUUUCCUUCUAAAGUUUCGCUUUCCAUCCUUUAUAUUUUAUCACCCGUUGAACAGUUGUUCUGAUGAUUUCCUUUUUUCAUUUCAGGCAGAUGGUUUGAAAAACAACAAAGAAAGCCGCAACUGUUGGUCUUUCCUCCUCUGUCUUUAAUUUUGAUUUGUUCUUUGUAUCACAACUGUACUGUCUACAUGCCUUAUUGGUAAGCCAUGUAAGCUGGGAACCUAAGAGAAGUUAACUCUUGCAAGCUAAUGGAGUUGCUAUGGACCCAAGCAGCUGUUUCAAAAUAUUGUCAAAUAUUUUUUAGCAACCUGAAGCACUUCAUCCUCCCCUGACUGGCUUUGUGGGGUCUGAUUACCCAUAUUGAAAUGAACGAGAAGAUGAAACUACCGAUUUCUUGAGCUUGCUGGGGUCUGUUCUGUCUCCCAACAGCUUCUCAAAUAGGCUAGGGAAAAUAACUUUGUGUUUUGCCUUAUCAUAUUUUUAAGAGUGUGCUUAUGCAACUUAGAGAAUGCUGGAGGAGAUUUUUUAAUUUUUUUGUAAACCUUUUUCUGUACAUUCAUGUGUAUUCCAACCCCCCCCCCCCCACUAUGAACCCGUUACAAAGCAGUGUAGGGGUUCAUUGAAACUCGUAAAAUUCCCUGGUGCAGGGGUCUCCAAUGUCACAGGUAGAGCUGGGCAAUGUAUCGGUAAAUGGUCAGAAACUGGUACAGCGUUCAGAUCACUAUGCCGGUUUCAGACAUUUUGAGCUGGCAAUACAGAUGGCAAAGGCGCAGGCAGGUGGCAAAGGCGCAGGUAGGCAGGCAGAUGGGAAUCUGAGAAGGCUCUGGGCAAGCACUUUUUGGGGCUCCGUUUGCCUGCCUUACCUGCCUGUGGCUUUGAGGAAGCCCCCCUCCCCAGCUUGUGCGAGCCGGAACAUUACCGGGGUUCACUCAGCUUCCUGCCCCCAGUGGAGCAAUUUAAGGAAGGCUCUGCCCCUCCAGCUCCUGUGAGCUGGAGUGAUAGGGGGGCUUGCUCAGUAGGGCUGGACGAUGUAUCUUGACUGCUUCUUCCUCCCCUAAGGUGGGAGAUACAUUCCAGAUAUUGUGCUAUAUCAGCAUAUCGCGGUAGCUAACUGCUGAUACAUCCUGAUGUUGAAAAACAGAUAUUGCCCAGCCCUUGUAGCAGGGACACAGGUACUGCAGAACCAACCCUGCUGAAAUUAGGCUUGAAAAACAUACUCUCUUGUAGCUGAUAGAAGAGGUGGUGCCCAUGACAGUGUCUCUACAAAUUUGCCCACCAACCUAAAAAGUUUGGUGAAGCAGGUCCUGGGGCUUAAUUAUGCUCCAAAUUUUAUCAUGACACAGGAGGUAACAUUCUCCUUAGUGCGAACUUGCCCCACUGAUUUCUUUCUUGUUGAUUUGGGGGCCAGGGGACCCUAUUUGUCUAUUGGGGCACAUUGAGCUCCUGCCGCUUACUAAGAACCCAGUAUUUCACCUAGGUAAUUAUUUGUCUUCUGAUUUAUUUUCUCUUUUGCUAUAAGCCCCUUACCCCAGUAUUUAACUUCCAAAUUUCUGUUUCAUCCUCCCAAGAUUUUGUGAUAGCCCAAGGAGGAAUUUUAAGUUAAUAAUCCAAGGUCCAAUGUACCCUAAUAAAUUAUGUGUCGUGUUAUGUUUUUGAAACAUGGUACCAAUAAAAUCUUUUUCUUUUUUAAUGAAAACUGGAGUUACUGGUAUGUAUGAUUGCUGAACUCAAAAGUUCCUUGGGAUUUCUCGGAAAGGAAGAUGAAAUCGAAACAGCUGCUGGGAUUGUAUUGUGUAUGCUCCAUUCGCAGGGAAAGUAACAUGUUCAGCACACUGGAAAAUGUAUCACGAGCCACAAGUUUAUUGCAAACUUGCCUAUCAUUAAAUGGAUGCACUACAAGCCAGG